ACUCUACAUGCAAUUCUGGUGUAUUUAAAAACCUCUUUAGUUCAUCGGACGCAUCUCUGGAUCAUACAAAAUCGCCCUCUGGGCGCUCAAAGGUUCGAAAAGUUAUCACUACAAGACGAGUGACAUGUUCAAGACUCGUCGGAAAAAUGCCCUUUUGGUUGCAGUGUUGCUCCUACUGACUCCCAGUUUUGUUGUAGCAACGUUAUCUUCGUGUACAAGCAACUCUAACGCAGACAUCUCAUCACCAUGUAAGUUUGCACCGGGAGUUCAUUCUUAUACCUCGUUAACUGUCCGUACUGAAGUCUUCCUGGAGACAACCUCUGGCUCCUCGCAGCAUUUCUUUAAUGUCUCUCAGACGUUUGACAUUAAAGCAAAUGGCAGAUUAGUUCUUGAUUAUAACAAGGAAAGUGGCAGUAAUCCUGGUGCGGGUGUGUUGACGAGUGGAAGCACCGGUAGAUCUGGCGGGAGUUACGGAGGCAGAGCUGGCGCUGCCGCUGAAACACCGCUAUCUACAUCUCAGGCUGAAUCAUAUGGUAGCGCUUUUGUCGUCACACAGCCUGGGAGUAAUGGUGGCGGCGAUCCAAAUACACGCGGGAGAGGAGGAGGUUUCCUUAAGAUAUACGCUCGUAAGCUUGUCGUCGCUGGAACAGUGCAGGCUAAUGGUCAGCGCGCUCAGCAGAAUGACGGUGGAGGAAGUGGCGGUGGCAUCUCUGUAGACUGCUUCGAAAUCGACGGCAACGGAAGAAUGGAAGCUUCUGGAGGGAUGGGUAGCGGCGAAGGGGGUGGUGGAGGCGGUGGAAGGAUUUCGGUGCAGUUUCAACACGGUUCCUUUUUAGGCCAAGCAAAGGCGUACGGAGGCAGGACGGAAAAUGAAGUUAAAGCGCAAGGUGUAGCUGCUGGUUCUCACUCUUUAACUGCUUCGUCAAGGAAGAGUGUGUCUGCACCUUACCCUUCACCCAAUAUAGUCUACGACCCCUCUAAAGGCCGAUUAAAUUACCAGGGGUCCCCUGGCGGAUGGAUGCCAGCGACCAAUAAUAUUGGAUCUGAGUGGCUCGAGGUUCGGUUGUCUAAAGAGGCUUACAUAACUGACGUGGCUACUCAAGGUCGACAUAGCGGAAGUGAAUAUACCUCUUCAUAUACGUUGAAGUAUCUUGAUCCUUAUAUCAGUUCACCAGAGACUUGGAGAGAUGUAAAGGAGAAUGGUGAGGUAAAAACCUUUACAGGAAACUCGAACACAAAUACAGUCAAGCAGAAUGCUCUACCAACAGAUGUAUAUACGAGAGCUAUUCGAUUUUAUCCGAAGGCAUUCAGCGGUGGAAUCGCCCUCAGAGUUGAACUAUAUGGAUAUGCUGCAGAUCUUGCCAGUAAUCCUGGUUGCAGCUACGUGCUCCCUCAAGAUAACAAUCCUGAACCCGGAGGACCGGGAACAGUUUACUUCGACGGCUACAAAAGCGGUUCCAGACAUCGAGUGCUGAGUGUUGACAACCAGGGAAGGCGACCGAGGAUCAACAGUUCAUCAGAUGUCAGCGUGUUCUUGCAAACAGGUGCUGCGGCCUGGGUUACAGUCUCCGCUGACCAUAAGAUAGAGGAGGUGGAAAUUUCAGGAGGAGCUCAACUUGUCAUCGCAGGCUCAGCUAAAAACCUAACGGUCGACAGCAUAACGGACGACAACACUGGGUACUUGUAUCUACUGUCAUCCAUGCAACUGCAAAUUAGCACACUUUUGUCACCUUGCACGCUGAUAUAUCACGGAGCAGAGCUCAUCUUAUCCGACCUAGCACCAAACGUCUCUCUUGAACGCUCGGUUGAUGUACAUGGUACGCUUUCCACUCUUGGUGCCCCGAGUGUCUAUGUGGGAGCGCAAAAGGGAGUGUUUACAAUGCAUCCAGGUUCUGGCCCAAGUUCGCUUAGCUUUGGAGAACUCAUUAUCGAAUCUUCAGGUCAUCUCCAGCUGUUGAACUACGAUAAACAGUCUCCGGCCUCCUGUCGCUGGUCUGUGGCUCUAACAUCCUCCAAAUUCACCUUAAGCGAUAAUUCCAAAAUGGACGUCGAAUGUCCGUUUAAUCUAACAGGCGAUCAAAUGAACAUUGGGCUCAACUCUGCUCUGAAAAUAAACGGUAACAGCUCAGUUUCGUACAUUUCCAUGAACGGUGUCUCUAUACGUGGCACCUUUGAUCCAGGAGUUCUUUCCCUUUUAGAAGGUUGGAAAACUCUCAGGAUUGAAAGAUACGGUGAUAUGAGCUUUUUCCCUCAUGGUGACGUUAGAAUAAACACAUUUUACUCGAACGGGAACUUCCACGUAGAAGGAGUCGUUUACCUAAGAGGGAGAGAUCCCGCGGUUACUCAAUUAAUCGAAGUUGACGAGUAUGGAAGUGUGCAGUUUGACUUGCCCCUUAGUUCGAACUCUUUGGUGUUUGUGCACAACAACUCACACGAGUUUGGCUCCCAUGGCAGACUGUCACUAAACGGAGUGUCCCUCGUUCAUGCUGACAUUGUUGUUGUUGAUGGAACUUGGUUGCCAAACAAGUUGAAAAUUGAACCAGGAUGGAAAGAACUGACUGUGGAACACGGAGGUAAAUUUCACUUUGACCCGGUUGGUAUUUUUCAGCUCAACAAGUUUCUCCUUGACGGCGAUGUCAAGUCUUUAAAUGUGGUAAAAAUGGAAGGUUUAUCCCAGCAGAAAGUCCAACAAUGCGAAGUUGGAUUCCAUGGUACAGUACUUAUCGAUUCAGCUGACCUUACAACAAUUCUCUGCGAGUAUGUCCUACUGUCAGGAACCCUGCGGGUCGGGAACUUGUCAAUAGGCUCGGUAUGGAAUGAUCUACACGUAAAUGGCACAAAUGGAAAAUUCUAUUUCGAGACCUCAGAGCCCCUGAACAUCAAUCAGAUACGGGUCAGCGGAUUAAUCGACACCGGAUCAGCGAUCGGUCCAAGUGCCCCGCUAAUUAGCGACAAUUUCACCAUCGAAUCAGCAGGAGAAGUAAACAUUCACUUUCAAGCCCAACCUUCCAUAACUGUCGAUGGUGCCAUCAAUUCUACUUUGUACGUGACCACUUUGGAAGUAAACGGUCUUUUCAAGCUUGGCUCGCUGUACCUCAUUACUGAUAACCUUAGCGUUGGAUCAUCGGGGCGCAUUUCUGUGAACGGUGGCGGUGCUCAAGGAGGAAUGGGACCUGGAGCCGGUUCUCAGAAAGAUGGCGGAGCCUCUGGGGCGAGUCACGGUGGACGAGGGGGACGUGGGUCGCAGACACUAGCUCAGCAGCUGAUCUAUGGUGACAUUUUCUCACCAGGAGGGUGGGGAAGUGGAGGUGGUAAUGGCAGUGGGAACAGUGGCGGAGGACGAGGAGGUGGAGUGAUAUUUCUUCAAAUCAACCAGACAUUUGAUGUCAACGGCGUGAUCCAGAUGAAUGGACUUCCUGGACAGACUUCCACGAGUGGCGGCGGAAGUGGUGGGUCUCUGUGGGCAACUUGUCAACAAUUUACCGGAAGCGGUAAAAUCGAGGCCAAAGGGGGUAAUGGAAACACUUAUGGCGGUGGUGGUGCUGGGGGAAGAAUCACGGUAAAUUACGUCACUGGUGGUUUCCAUAGCGACGGUACGGAUGCCUCUGGGGGACAGGCUGGUUCUGGGAGUAAUGUUGAACACGGAGGACCUGGAGUCAUAUACUUGGAUGGGAAAUCAUCCAUUAUAAAAAACCUGCGCAUUGACAACAAAGGACUAAAGCCACUGACUUCACUUUCGGGAGAUUACAGUACAUUCAUAUAUUCAGGUGCUGUCGCUUAUCUCAACCCACCUUCGGAUAAUUUUGUUUAUGAUUUUACGCUGGUUGAAGUCUAUGGCGGGGGCCAGCUGGUUUUCCCGCGCGCGGGAACUGAAGUGCGCGUCGAUACCAUAAAUGGAGAUGACACCGGAUACAUACAUGUGCCUCCUUUUAACACCCUAAACGUGACGGGAACGUCGGAAUAUAGACGCAUCAACGUCACUUGGGCGCCAUUUAUUUAUGAAGACGCGACGUUUGUUUUACCAAACGGAACUGUCGAAAUCCGAAAGGCCGAAAGUUUACUUUAUCCGAAUAUAGAACGAAGCUCCCACAUAAGCUUUUGGGGAAGUGUGUUGGGGUUUAAAGCACAUCUUAUGGUGGCCUACGGAGCAACGGUUUCCUUUGAGAACUCCUGUCCACGUAAUUUAAAUUUUGUCGGAAUAACCGUGCAGAAGACCAGUCGGCUUUUGUUUAAGAGCAAUAUGUCAGUCGAGGCCGAUGGCUGGACCGUAGAGGUUGCAAAAGAUAAUGGACCAGUGUAUCGUGAUGGUAUUGUGACUAUAGAGGGUGAUGGAUUAAUUGAAGCGCGAGCUUUGACAAUUAAAGCUGCGUCACUGAUAGUAGAUCCACGAGGAAAAUUGACACUUGAUGGAAAGGGAUACUUUGCUGGUUCUGGCUCUGGUUCCGGAUCGUCAGACGGAUCAGGAGCAGGUUAUGGAGGCACUGGCGGAAACGGGAGAGUGACCACGACAACGGGUGUACCGUACGGUGAUUACACCAAUCCUCGACUUUUUGGAAGCGGUGGUGGACUGGGCUCAAAUGCUGGCUUUGGAGGUGGAGCACUGCUGCUAAAGAUAGUUGAUACCUUAGUGGUGGAGGGAACCAUAACUGUAAGUGGAAGCCAGGGAGUAAGUUCUAACUCAGGUGGAGGCAGUGGAGGAAGUAUCCUGAUCCGUACUCGUGCCCUUGAAGGCUCAGGAGUCAUAGCUGUCAACGGUGGCGCUGGUAAUGGUAAUGGGGGUGGUGGAGCAGGAGGAAGGAUGGCUAUCUACUGGCAGGACAGGGAAUGGUGGCGCGGGUCCUUGACUGCAUUCGGUGGUAGCUCUUCUCAAGGUGGAAAUGGCGGAGCAGGCACAGUGUAUCUUGUGGAUACUCAACAUGGUGUGAACAACAGGACUCUGAUCUUCGAUAAUAAUAACUUGAGUCCAAGUGCCAUGGAGAUAUCAGAUUAUUCAUCACCCUACACGAAUGGUGGAAGAGCAUGGAUACUACCAAUAGAUCAGGAGUUUGAGCUGGAAGAGGUGCAUAUAUUGAGGAAGGCUCACGUAGCUCUCCACCCUAACAUAACCAGACCCCAUGGAUUGAAGGUUUACAGCUUUGUGGGUGAUCGCACAGGAGUUCUUCACGUGGGUCCAAACCAGGUUGUGAUUGGUCAGUUUGCUGAUCACGAGUUGUUUGAAGUAAAUGUCUUUGUUUACAGAGACGGACACUUCCACCUGCCACCAACUUUCGCGUGUUACGGUAUCGAUAUCACUGUCAGAGGUUACUUGGGCAUUGAAGACAUGACUAUCGCCAAAAGCUGUCGACUCUUCCUGGCUCUAACAGGUUCUACAGAGCUGGCAAACAGUGAGGGAACUUACAGAUACAAUUCCCUGACGGUUGCUGAUGGGGGAGAGGUGACAUCAACAUCAGAUGUCGGAAACAACUCACUGACACUCGACGUGGAUGAUAUCACAAUUCAAGGAGGUGGAGUGCUUCACAUGGUGCGCAUGCGUAUAUUUGUUGGAAACUUCACUGUGGAUGAUCUGGGUCACUUAAGGGGUGACACGUUCGAUAACAGCUGUACUAGCGGUGCAGGUGUCACAAAUUCUAAUGGUGGGUCUUCAGGUGCAGGGCAUGGUGGAACUGGAGGCCUUGGAAGGUAUGGAACACGUGUUGGAGUGGCAUAUGGUCACGUGUACGAACCUGAACACUUUGGAUGUCGAGGCGGAGGCUCGGGGGGACUGGGUGGAGGGAUAAUUCGUAUGUCUGUGAGAGGGACUUUGCAAAUUGACGGAACAAUUAGCUGCAACGGUGAUAAUGGUCAGCAGUCUCGAUCUGGUGGAGGAAGUGGAGGAAGUAUAUGGAUUGACACCAUUCUGAUGAAGGGAUACGGUACAGUACAGGCUAAUGGAGGUAGCGGCCAUGUGGAAACAAGCCAUUCACUUCACGGCGGUGGGGGAGCAGGCGGACGGAUAGCAGUAUACUUCAGAAGUAACAGAACUUACAGUGGGGUUUUUGAAUCCCUGGGAGGAGAUUCUACCGGAGACGCUCUCCCUGGAGGAGCUGGCACUGUGUUCCUAUAUCACCUUAUUCAUAAACAUCGCACUCUUCUGAUAAGUAAUGCCGGCAGAAAGGCGUUACCUACUGAACAUUUGGUCAUUAAAGACUAUUCUGAGCCAGCCUUGAUAUCGGGAAAAACUUGGCUUCUACCAAGCUCUGGAGAACAUAAUUUUUCGCGCAAUCAAAAUUAUUACUUUGAGGAAUUGCAGAUUUAUGGUGCAGCUCACUUAGCUGUGUUAACCGAGCCUCAUAACCGAUCGGCGACGAUUUAUUUCCGAAAUAUGAUCGGUGAUCGCACUGGGACCAUCCACGUUGGCUAUAAUCAGACCAUGGAUUUGAUCCGACCGACUAUUGAUUUACCGUUUAAUGUUCGUGUAUACCGAGGCGGAUUUCUAGGUCUUGCUCCAGCGACAGAAGUUCACGGAGUCGAGAUUCACGUGGACGGUGUAAUUUCGUACUUAAAGAACCUAACUUUGCAUCAUGGUGGCCUGUUAGCGUUGAAUGAAAACUCACGCACUGGAAACGAGGCGACGGAAAAUGAUUUCAAGUUCGACUUUCUGCGUGUACAGUUUGAAGGAGUCAUUCAGAUGACGUCGUCACCUGUGACACACAACGGGAUGAAUUUGACCGUACGAGUGCUUCACAUUGAGGGUGGUGGCAAAGUGGAAGGCAGUGAUCUACGAAUCCUAGCCGAGAACAUAAGCAUCAAUACAGAAGGUCAGCUAACUGUCAGUGGUCGCGGAUAUAAGCACGAGGAUGGAACCGGCGAGGGUGUUCAUGGUAAAAUUAACCGGGGACUUGGAUCUGGAAGCAGCUCGGGAGCCUCUGGUGGAGGACACGGGGGAACUGGAGGAAGGGGAAAGCACACGUCUAAAGUAGGAUUACCUUACGGAAACAUGUACGAACCAAUAGAAUUUGGAAGUAGCGGGGGAGGAGUAAGCAAAAAGCAAGGUGUUGGAGGUGGAACAGUAUUUUUAAACGUCACUAAUCUCCUGGAAAUCGACGGGGCCCUUUCUGCCGAUGGUGGCGAUGCUCUCCCCCAGGGAGGAGGGGGCAGCGGUGGUAGCGUAUGGAUCUACUGUUAUAUCAUAAAAGGUUUCGGAAAGAUCACUGCUAAUGGAGGUUCAUCUCCCUCCGAUGGUUACGGAAAUCACGGGGGCGGUGGAGCAGGUGGACGAGUCGCAGUUUACUUCAUAAAGAAUGACACCUUCUCCUACUUCAGCUACCAGGCACAUGGCGGACAGGCUAAGGAAGGCCAGGAUAAAGUGGAGAAUGGCGGACCAGGUACUGUCUUCUUGUACCAUUUGGUUCACACUCAUCGAACACUUCUUAUCGACAACAAUGGCGGUAAGCCAUUGAAUAAACAUAUUAAUUAUGGCCGUCUGGAUGAGGAAGGUGGCAAAGCGUGGAUUAUGCCAGAAUCGGGAUUCCAUCAUUUUGCUGCUGAAGAGGACAAAUUUCACUUUGAAGAGUUGCAGAUCUACAGCAAGGGCCAUUUGGCAAUAUGGCCACGCGCGGGAAAUGAUUCAAGAAAUGUUUCCAUGUUCUUUAAAUAUAUGAUCGGUGACAGGAGCGGCAUGAUACACAUCGGAGAUAAGCAAGUUAUGGACCUGAAGCGGCCAGAGAUCGAUCUUCCCUUUAGUGCUCAAGUCUACCUUGGUGGCUUCCUUGGUCUCGCUCCUUACACACAAGUUCAUGGCAUUGAGAUCAUUGUUCGUGGUAUUCUGGCAUACAUUAGGAAUAUGACCAUUCACAAUGGUGGUGAUCUGUGGUUGAACCAUGGAGGACGAACAGACCACGAAAUCAUAAACCACUACGACUUUGAUUUCAUAAGAGUCCAGGAUACAGGAACCAUUCACUGCGUCACCUCACCAGUCAACGACCCGGGCGUUCUCUUCACAACUCGUGCAGUCUUCAUUGAAGGAGGAGGCCUGAUGCGAGGUUCUCGCCUGACAUUUGUGACAGAAAAUAUUACUAUAGACGAUGGUGGGAGAUUAAUAGCAGAUGGCCUCGGCUACAAUACCUCACAUGGUUAUCAAGGAAACGAUAUAUCUGGUGCACCAAUUAAUCCUGGUCACGGUAUUGAUGAUAAUGAAGGAGCCUCUGGCGCUGGUCAUGGUGGCAGUGGCGGCCGAGGAAGCCUCACCUAUGGCACUCCCAAAACAGGUUUUGCCUAUGGGGACCUGUACGAGCCUUAUAUAUACGGUAGCGCUGGUGGUAAAGGUAGAGGUGGUACUCGAGGAGGUAACGGUGGUGGAAUGCUGUGGAUGAACGUAACUGGACUGAUUGAUGUUGAUGGGUUGGUCUCCGCAAAUGGUGAAGACGCUUCGUCCCUGACUGGAAGUGGAGGUGGUAGCGGUGGAAGCAUUUGGAUGUAUUGCAAGACGAUCAGAGGCUAUGGUAGGAUAGCUGCUAAUGGGGGUGCUGGUUCUAAAGACAGCUCAUACCCUGGAGGUGGCGGUGCGGGAGGAAGGGUUGCCAUUUACUUUCAAAUAAAUGAGACGUCAACUUAUUUUGUUUACGAGGCCCGAGGUGGAUCAGCUCUUGGAUGUGAGGUAGGUAAAGAACAUCUUUGUAAAGCAGAGGCUGGUGGUCCGGGCACCGUGUUUCUUUAUCACAUGAUUCACACCCAUCGCACAUUACUGAUCCACAAUGGUGGACAAAAACCGUUGGUAUCAGCAAUAGCAGACUACAACGAUUUAUCCGAGGAUGGUUGUCGAGCUUGGAUCUUACCGCAGUCAGCCAAUCACGAUUUCGCUGGAAGGGGGCGUGAUUUCCACUUUGAAGAGCUUCAGGUGUAUGGAGGUGGUCAUCUGGCAGUGCUUACUGAACCGGUCGGCGAGAAGGCAUCGUUAUUCUUCCUUCAUAUGAUAGGAGAUCGCACUGGUACAUUACACGUAUCGAAAAAUCAAACCAUGGACUUACAUCGACCCGAAAUAGACACUCCAUUCAGUGCGCACGUUUAUGCUGGCGGUUAUCUUGGGCUUGCCCCAUACACCGAAGUUCAUGGCGUGACAUUAUUUAUUUCCGGCACCGUAGAUCACAUACAGAAUAUGACAAUACAUCAUGGCGGUGCAUUUUGGAUGUAUCACGGGGGAAACACAGCGAAUCAAACGAACAGUUCUUUUGAGUUUGAUGCAGUCCGAGUGCAGGAUAAUGGUGUUAUACAAGCUAUAACAUCUCCAAUCAUUCACCCAGGAAUCACAAUCAUAGCCAGGGCGUUUUUUGUUGAGGGAGGCGGGCUUUUCCAUGGGACAAGGAUGACUGUCUUAGGGGAAAAUAUCACUGUCGAUGAUGGAGGGCUGAUCUCCGCAGAUGGCGAGGGCUACAACAGGACGCAUCCCCAAGGAUCAGGCCUCCAUGGUGUCAUAAACCCAGGUAUUGGUUCCUCUCACAUCUAUGGUUCCUCAGGGGCAGGCUGUGGUGGAAGAGGAGGGAGAGGCGACCACAGUGCUGUUGUCGGAGCUGCUUAUGGGGACCUCUACGAACCUGUCCGAUUCGGAAGCUCAGGUGGAGGAGAUAAAUCGGGAAGAGGUGGUGGAGUUAUUUGGUUUAAUGUCACCAAUGUCAUUCAAAUUGAUGGAGAGGUUUCUGCAGAUGGACGUAAAGGCGACAACUCAGGUAGCGGAGGAGGAAGUGGAGGAAGUAUCUGGAUGCAUUGUUACCGGAUAAAAGGUACUGGUGCUAUUAAGGUCAACGGUGGUGCCGGUGGUGGGAAUUCUGGAGGUGGGGCUGGUGGAAGGAUUGCUGUGUACUUCACUGAGAACACCACAUACACGGGCUCCUUUCAGUCACGAGGAGGUGCCAAAGGUGGAGGGUCUAAUACCGAGGCUGGCGGACCUGGAACGGCGUUCCUAUAUCAUCUAGUGCAUACUCAUAGAACACUGCUUGUAGACAACGGAGGUCAACAUCCGCUCACCAGAAGAAUAUCGGACUAUUCGGAUCUCUCGCGAGAUGGAGGUCGCGCUUGGAUCUUACCUGAGUCAGGUGGCCAUGAUUUUGCCAAUGGCUCUCACGACUUUCACUUUGAAGAACUGCAGAUUUAUGGUGGUGCUCAUUUGGCGAUAUUGACUGAACCGGUGAAUCGUGCAGCUUCAUUGUUCUUUAGCUACAUGAUCGGUGACCGAACAGGAAUGAUUCACAUCAGCCAAAACCAAGUCAUGAACCUACAUCGCCUGUUCUUGGAUAUUCCUUUCAGCGCAUAUGUUUAUGACGGAGGGUACCUUGGUCUUGCACCCAUCUCUGAAAUGAAUAAGAUUAUUGUGUACGUGGAAGGAACCCUUGAUCACAUUCGAAAUCUCACCAUUCUAAACGGCGGUGAGCUUCACUGUUACUUGACAGGCUCAACUGGAGAAAGAAUUCAGCGUCAUUACAACUUCAACGAGACCGUCAGAAUCAUGGCGAGAUCUCAAAUCCAAAGCCACAGCCCCAACGCCCAUAAAGAAACAUUCAGCCUCACAGCCAGGAUCCUAUUGGUGGAAGGCGGGGCAGCAAUUAGCACUUUCAACAUGAACAUAACAGCUGUCAAUCUUACCGUGGACGAUGGGGGCUCUAUUGAUGCAAGCGAUGGUGGUUACACAGCAACUAAGGGACCAGGAAGUUUGUUGACAAACAACUGGAGACGAAGUGGCGCAGGACAUGGUGGAACAGGUGGAAGGGGAAGUUGCGGGGGCUAUCACACAUGCCGGCUCAAGAAGGGACUACCAUACGGAAACUUGUAUUAUCCGAGGGAUUUUGGAAGUGGUGGUGAUGGUAAUGGAGGCAAAGGUGGCGGCAUUUUAAGUAUUUCUGUGGCGCAUACCCUACAGGUGGAUGGUAACAUUUUUUCAAAUAGCCGAGCUGUCAAUAAUGAUAAUGGUGGCGGGAGCGGUGGAAGUAUCUUAAUUCACACCCAGGUUCUCUCAGGUGGCCAUACUGGUGUUAUACAAUCUAAAGGUGGAAGUGGUACCGCAGGCUCGGGUGGUGGCUCGGGAGGUCGCAUAGCAGUUUAUUACAGCAACAAUGACACACACCAUCCGUACAGGGGGAAAUUCGACACCAGUGGUGGCAGCGUUACAUCUGGCGCGGAGGCUGGUGCUUCUGGAACAGUUUACCUUAAACACACCGGAAGUGGAUUCUCGACACUUCGAGUGGAUAACAAUGGACAACAAGCUUUGGAUGACGAGAUUCCGAAUGCAGGUGUCCUGUUAGAUCUGUCUGGAGGCAGAGCAGACCAAGGCACAACCUACAAUGCGCCAAAUGGAAUGACAGUUACAUCCAGCUGUGCUAUUAGGUCACCUUUAUGUCAUAACCCAUGCCACAGCUGCCGCGACUACUCAAUAGCAAACCUUUUCGACCAGACAUUUUCGACAAGCAGCUGUGCCGGUUAUUUCUUGUCUGGCUGCCAUUACACGAAGCUGACGGUCGAUUUAAAGAGUUUACUGUUUAUCAACCACAUAAGAUUCUACCCAUUCUGUAGCGGAUCUCGACCUAACUUCCGCGUCACAACGAACGAUGGCAUCCGUAAUGUGCCAGUUACGAGUAACUACGUUCAAAUAUCUAACGGCUGCAUUCAGGGAUCUUAUGUUGAUAUGCCGGUGAGAAGGAACGCAACUCAGAUAUAUGUGGAACUUAACCAUCCCACAAGUAACACGUAUUCUGGCCUCUCUGAAUUGGAAGUAUUUAUUGAUGGAAAAGAAGUUUGGGACAGGUACAAGUACAGGAGUUUCGAUGGCGCCAAAACGUGGAUUGAACCAGCAACUGGCACUGAUGUCUACAGCUUCAGUGAGGUUCAUAUCCGGGGAUCUGCUCAGCUUGCUGUGAUGCCGCUGAAUGGCUUGCAGGCUCCGGUACAUUUUCAUGCUGACAGGUUGUACGGAGACAAGAGUGGCUUCCUUCAUGUAGGAUACAAUCAAAAUUUCUCUGUGGCAGUUACCGAUCCCGACAUUCCAUUUGGUCUGCGUGUUUAUGAAAACGGGAGUAUGAUGCUACCGAGAAGAGCCUUUUUGCAAACAGUUAGUUUCAAGUCAUCAGGAAAGAUAUGGGGCGUCCAGGACUUGUUUGUGUUCGAUCACGGAACCUUUUACGGUGAUUCAAAUUCCAGUCUUGGAAAAGACACAGUUCCUGGACAGUAUUUGGUCAAGUCCCUCCACGUGCAGGAUAGAGGGGUGUUUGAGCUGCAUUCAACUGACAAGAAAUUGACCAGUAGACUGUCGCUCACUAACUUAACGAUUUUCGGCGGUGGUCACUUCAAAUCAAACAACAAAUUGCACAUCGCAGUGAAACAUCUGCUACGGAUAAACUCCGGAGGAAAACUGAGUCACAAUCAUGCUGGGUACGUCACCAAAGAGGGCAGGUCUGGAGACGAGUUCGAACCAUCUGAAGGCCCCGGCCAAGGGAUUGGUAGUGUUCAUGGUGCAAGUGGUGCUGGCUUCGCCGGAACUGGUGGAAGAGGGACUGGGACGGGUCUUGUAGGGCAGUUCUAUGGAGAUUACAGAAGGCCAGAUGAUUACGGGAGUGCUGGAGGCUUUGGGUUACAUUACGGUAACUUGUACUAUGGAGAUUAUCGCACAAGCUCUGUGGGCCCAUACAGAAAUUUCAUCACCCGUAGUGGUCUGGGAGGACAAGGGGGUGGAGCGAUAGAGAUUGUAACGCGUCACUUGAUUCUUGAUGGACAUUUGUCAGCGGAUGGAGAAGACGGUCCCCCACCCAGCACAGCAGGAGGAGGCAGCGGAGGUAGUAUUUGGAUUGACUGCGAAGAGCUGGAUGGCUACGGAACAAUCAGUGCUAAUGGAGGGGCAGGCUCACCAAGCAAAGGAGGAGGGGGAUCUGGUGGACGAAUAGCGAUUUACCAGGCGUUCAUGUUGAAUUUUAACGGCACUCUCUCUGCCAAGGGUGGAAAUAGCGCUGUGGAACCGGGUGCUUCAGGCACUGUCUUUCUUGAGACUCGAAACAACAGCAAAGUGGAGUACAGAGUUUUGAAGAUAAACAACUUCGGCAUGGCUUAUCCCUGGGCUGUUGAUAAAUCACAGGGGAGGUUAAGAAACCUUAUGAGGGGAAUUUACACUGAUACAAAAUAUGUUGGAGCUGUCACUUGGUUACACGAAGCAGAUAAAUACACCCUCGACGAAUUUCAUCUUCAUGGAAACUCGCACGUGGCUCUGUAUGGAAACGGGUCCCGCGGGAAUGUCACGCUGUAUGCGCACACGCUUCGCGGAGAUCGCAGUGGCGUUUUUCACGUUGGUCGCUUUCAAUCCGUAGUGUUUGACUUUAUCGAUUUGUAUUUCCCAAUUAAUACGCUUGUAUACUUUAACGCUACACUGGAGGUGCCUCGAAGGUUGUCGCUCCGUGAGGUUUACAUGGAGAUCAACGGGACGCUAGCCGACUCAGAUGAUUACACCAUUGAUAGAGACGGCAAGCUGUUUUUAUGGUCGGGAGGACAAUCACUGGGCGAAAAACAGGGACACUUUCGGUUUAUAAACAUGUCAAUCAAGUCACUCGGCUUGCUGCACACUACAAAAAUUCAGGGUCAUGGUCCAGUAAGUCUGCACACCACACGAUUUGUAGUAAAUGCCGGUGGGCUGGCUAGUGUUGAUGACUUCUUUCUGUACUCUGUGAAUGCCACUAUCGAUGUUGCUGGUGAUGUGUCAGCAGACUUCAGGGGAUAUGGUACAGAACAAGGGCCAGGAACUGCUGUUCAGAGGACUCCUUAUUACACUGGAGCUGGAGGAGGGAGCCACGGUGGCCGUGGUGGACGGGGGACAGCUGGACUCCACACGCCUUCUUCUUACGGCUCUAUAUACGAACCUACUCAGUUCGGCAGUGGUGGUGGUAAUGGUCUUAACGGUAUGGGUGGUGGGCAAGGUGGCGGUCGUAUUGUCUUUGAAAUAUCAGAUAUGCUUCGACUGGAGGGACACGUUCAUGCAGACGGAGAGCCGGGAAGUAGGAGCUCCGAUCCAAGUGGUGGAGGCGCUGGAGGGAGCAUUGUUAUCCGUUCAUUCAAGUUUGACGGCGAGGGUACUGUAUCGGUGAACGGAGGAUCAUGUCCGUCCACGUAUGCGCCCUAUGGGGGCGGUGGAGCUGGUGGCCGCAUUGCUGUCUAUUACAAUGGAAGUUACACUUUCAUUGGAUCAUUCCAGAGUUAUGGCGGAAUCAGUCAGGCAGAAUGGGGUGGAGCAGGAACAGUUUAUAUAAAAAACAACCAAAACAUGAGCCAGCCCUAUAGCAUUCUUAGAAUUGACAACAGAGCUACUCGCAGUGGACCAUCAAGGCUUAACGAGAUUCAAGAACUUCACCUGGCGGGAAACAGUGCUGAUUAUCCCUAUUACUUGACAUCGUAUACGGCCCCCAAUGGAGUUACUUUAACCACAACUGGAAUUCCCUACUGUGAAAGAACUUCUCAUCACGAUUCCAAAAUAUGUGAUACCGACGAUUCCAAGAUAUCGAAUUUGUUUAAGUCGACGUCCGAUAGUUACUACACUCAGAAUUCAAACCCCGUUGUGACUUACCGCUUUCCUUUACCUUUGUUCUUGGAGUACUUAUUGAUCUAUCCUCACUGCAACUCAUAUCACUUGACGCAGUUUUAUGUACGCGUUUAUUUCAAUGACAGUGAAGUUGUUGGAUCCAAUGGAUGGAUUAACCCAACAAACUGCCUCCAAGGACAACCGCUCAGAAUGAACGUGAGACAGACAGUUGAAAAGGUAGAAAUAAGUCUCCAAAAAAUCAGCUCGUACUCGUCCCUCAGUCUCGUAAGAUUUUUCGUUCGUGAAAACCCUUCAACCACGCUACAAACGCCACAUUACACAAGUCCCAGUACUUCUUGGAUCGUGACCGAAGAAGAAAAAACUACACAACAUGAUUUCAGUGAGCUACAAAUCAUGGGCCAGGGAAGUCUGUCCAUGUCCGGGAAUUCCGUCAAGAUGAGUGUAAACAAGGUUGUUGGUGACAACUCUGGUAUCUUGACAAUGCGCCCGACACAGAGCAUUCUCAUGAGAGGCUCAGAGGGACACCUUCCAUUCUCGCUCCUCUCUCAGAAGGGCUCCAGUGUAGCCUUUCCCACCAGCAUGAACUGUCGUGAGGUCGAGGUGACCAUUCGUGGGGUGAUGGGAGAGAUGAAAAAUCUUACCGUUGGACCACAGUGUCGGUUUGUUCUUGAUAACUCUUCAGAAACGGAAUUCAUGUUAGAUCAUAUGGUCGUACAGACUGACGGUUACAUGGCAGUUCUUAGAGAAGAUAGGGAGGACGUAAAAAUGGUUGGAAAGACUUUUGAUAUAAGAGGAGGAGCCAAGAUGGAGGCUAACAGUCUUACAUUGGACUACAUCAACAUCACAAUAGAGCCUUUCGCUGAUCUCUCAAGUGAUGGGCUCGUCGAUGAAGUUUCCGGAUCACGUUACCAUGGAGAUGGAUGGGGUGGUGAUUCUGGUGGCGGAUCCUCGGGCGCAGGGCAUGGCGGUCAUGGUGGGGUUGGUGGAAGGCAGCAAAAAGUUGGUAUCUCCUACGGGAAGUAUAGAAGGCCCACAACAUUUGGAAGUACAGGCGGAGCUCAAGUAUUUCCCUUUACUGGCGGAUUAGGAGGAGGUCGUUUUAAAAUUAUUGCCCACGAUACACUUGUGGUGGACGGAGUACUGUCCUCCAAAGGGGGAAAUGCUCGAGCAUCUCGUAGCGGUGGCGGAAGUGGUGGCAGCAUUUUAGCAUAUACAUCAAGAAUCCAUGGCGACGGAGAAUUUGACGUUUCAGGAGGCAACGGAGACAGUUCAACCGGGUAUCAUGGAGGCGGAGGUGGAGCUGGUAGGAUUUGCUUGUAUUAUCGAGAGAACCACUUCCUUGGUCGUUUUCUUGGUUUUGGAGGCACCAGUUCAAUCGAACCCGGUGGUCCAGGGACAGUGUUUCUAGAGAACGUCCCUGGGAUGAACGCUACCUAUGGGCAUGACCGUAUAGACGAAGCAGCGCACGCAGAAAGAGUGCUUCUGGAUGAAAACGUUGUCAACGGAACACAAUGGGUUCGCAAUAGAACAUUGUACGCAAAUGCUAUGGGUCGAAAACCUCAAAGUCCAGACGCUAAUCUAAGUUCAAGCUAUCGUGAUUUCAGCGUUGGUGGCUCAAGUAGAGUGUGGCUCAUUUUGGACGAUGAGGAUCUGGAAGCGAACGGGACCGAUGUUGAGCUUGACGAGUUACAGCUUUACGGCGGAGCACAACUCGCCAUUAUCAACCCAGCAAACACCAAAGCGUACAUAUCCAUUGUGAUUGGUCAGAUGGAAGGAGACAGAACUGGUAGAAUUCAUCUCGGCUUUAAUCAGACUUUCCUCUCUCUCCAGUCGUACCUUCCCAUGGACAUGAUCAUUUAUCAAGGUGGACUCACCACUAUGCAGGGCGAGCUGCUCGUUGCAGGGGUAACAGUCGAAAUUGAUGGUGUUUUGAGAAGAUGUCAAAACAUCACUGUGGUUGAUGAUGGUGUGAUUCGCAUGAAGGAGAUGUAUGAUUUGGAGGGAAAACCAACUGAGACAUUUUAUUUCGAAGCAAUAAAUGUUCGAAAUAAGGGCACCAUGAUGGUAACCAAUCAGGAGCGAGUUCGUGAAUUUCGUGGAAAGUCCAUGCAAAUUUAUGGAGGGGGAACAUUUACAGCAGUUAAUCUUCAUGUACACGUCGUGAACUUUACCAUCGAUGCGCUAGCAACAGUCCACGCAACUUUGGAAGGGGAAAAAUUCGAUUACGAAGGUAAGGGCCCUGGUGCCAAGUAUCCAACCCCAGGCUUUGCUGGAGGAUCAGGCGGUGGUCACGGGGGACUGGGAGGACGUUCUACGAGUCAAGUGACAACUGGGGCUGCAUAUGGUUCAGUAAAGGAGCCUACAGAAUUUGGUAGCAGUGGUGGCAAGGGAAGCAGUGGGGCUCAUGGAGGACGCGGUGGCGGUAUUUUAUUCCUGAACAUCAGCGACACCCUGGACAUCGAAGGAACCCUAAGUGUAGAUGGUGCCAACAAUGGUGGGUCCGAAGCUGGAGGAGGAAGUGCUGGAAGUAUUCUAAUCAGAACUGUUUUACUGGAGGGGAGUGGAACUGUUCAGGCAAACGGUGGCAAUGGUUACACUGGUUCUUCCAGAGGCGGAGGCGGUGGUUCUGGUGGCAGAGUCGCCUUGUACUACCAGGGAGGGUUCUUUGAUGGUGUCCUUGAGGCCGCUGGCGGGAAGGGCGACUUAGAAAACGGUGCGGCAGGGACUGUGUACGUAGAAAAGGCGGUGAAUAAUUCAGACACGCCACAUCGAACUUUGAAAGUCGACAACAAGGGUCGACCACCACUUAAUGAACGAGUCAAUGAGAUCGAGGAAGUAAAAUUGUAUCCAGGAAGGUUGAAAGACGGCAGAGUCUACUCAGAUGAGUACACCAGCAUAAGUGGCCUGAGAUUCAAAUCCGAUGGGUCUACGAUGCCCCUCUCUUUAGGAUCCAGCAGUUAUUAUUCGCUGUCCCGAAUGUUCGACGGAGACCUCAAGAACGCUUACAUAGUGCAAUCGUCCUCCGUCCAUGUAGUCAUCGAGGCUACUUUGCCAAGGCUAAUGUUCAUACAUCACAUCAGGCUUUAUCCUUAUUGUCAUCAACACUACCGCGUGAGUUUCACCUUAACGACGGACCAUCCAGUUACCGGUUGGAAAGACAGAACGAAAGGUUCGCGUUCAUUCGCAAAUUGUUUUGAUACUUUGGUUUACAAUGAUGUAAUCAUAGAAGAUACUAUUUCGAAGUUCACGGUAACAUUGACAAGACUUGAAUCAAGCGUUGCGUUGAGCGAGCUUAAAGUGUUUGUCGGGCGUGAUACGUCGUCCUUCAAAGCCAUUACUCUUGAACAAGACAGCUCAAGAACAUGGUUAGUAUUCAACGAUCAGGGAACCAUGACAUUUGAAGUUGACGAGUUGGAUGUGCGUGGAAGUGCACACCUAGGUAUUCAAAACGGAGCUGGAAAACUGGACUUCAACGUGAAAGAGUAUAAGGGUGAUUUUACAGGAACUGUUCAUGUAGGUGGAGCACAGAAUUGGUACCUGAACGCCAGCAACAAUUCCGUGAUUCCUUUUACCCUCAGAACUUACCAGGGCUCACAAGUUUUCCUCCCACGGGAAGUCUAUCUCCAAAAAUCUUCAAUUUACGCAGAUUCUGAGCUGGAGGGGCUUAAAAACCUCUUCAUUUCACAGGGAAGUCGCUUUGACGUUACGCAAGGAGCGCAUGUAAAUUCCCCCUCGAAAGCCACAAUUUUGUUGGAUCGCAUCACCAUUCUAAAUGGGGGAACGUUCUACCAGCGGACCGCUGAGCCCGCAAAAUUAGCCCUGAAUCUGACAGGGGAGCUGAUCAUCAACGCUGGCGCGUCAAUGGAAGUCAGCCAAGUUCAUCUCCAGGCCCAUAAUAUCUUCAUCGACAUUGACGGUGUCCUGUCCGCGAGUGGGCGGGGCUAUUCCUCUAUGAAGGGUGAUGAACCAGGUCGGAAGUCCUACGUUGCAGCCUCCGGAGCUGGCCAUGGAGGGGCUGGUGGAAGUAGCACGAGUCAAGAGUACGUUGGAAGGGCUUACGGAUCCUUUCAGAUCCCUCUUGACUUUGGAAGUGGUGGGGGACAGGGGUAUCAGGACUUGCCUGGUAGCUCCGGCGGCGGGGCCGUCAAACUGAGUGCUUCACAUAUCGUACAAGUUGACGGGCUUCUUGAUGUAUCAGCUGGUGCAGCUGUCAAUCCAGGCACCGGUGGCGGAAGUGGUGGUAGCGUCCUCAUCCAAGCAACGCUAUUUCUGGGGAAAGGCAAAAUAUUUGCCGAUGGGGGCGAGGUUGCUCAUUCGUCGCUUGGAGAUGCUGGGGGAGGAGCUGGUGGUCGCAUUUCUGCUCAUUACAGAAGCACAAGAUUUGCAGGCUCUUUUUCAGCCCAUGGUGGGGCCAGCAGAAGCGAAGCUGGAGGGCCAGGAACGGUCUUUCUCUCUGAAAACUCCACACACACAACUAUGAUUAUCGACAAUAAUGGUUACCGUGCUUCUAAAUUGUAUAUAUCAGACUACAGAGAUCGCUCCAACGACGGAGGACGUGCCUGGCUCCUUGCUGGUUACAUGGACGAGUUUACCUUAAACCUGUUACAAUUACGAGGUGGCACUCACUUUGCCGUUUAUCAUCUUAAGCCUUCAUUUACUCUCAACGUGGAACGACUGGAAGGUGACCUUGGGGGUUUAAUUCACGUGUCAAAGAAAAACAGAGUGUAUAUCAAGAACGCUCCAAGACUGUUCCCUUCAAGUUUCCACAUUUAUAAUGAGGGAUUUCUUCAUCUUCCCCGAGAUGUCUUACUCAAGGACUUGUUUUAUCCGAGGAUUUCCCUUGAAGGGUUGAUCAGUGGAAUGGAUAACUUGACACUUGGUGGAGGAGCGGAAUUUGUGGUCACAGCAGAGGGUCAAACGGAGGGCUAUAGCAAAAAGACAAUCCAUUUAAAUUCACUGACAAUCAUGAAUGGUGCCAAACUCGUGGCCACUGAUACUGUUUUGGACUCACCAACGGUUACCCUGCUACUGAAUGAAAGUUUAAGAGUGAUGGCUGGCGGUUGGAUACAAGGCAAGUGGAUAGACAUCAAUGCUGGUGAUAUUGAAGUGGAGGCAUCUGGAGUCAUAACCGCAGAGAAACAAGGCCACGAUGCAAAAAGUGGAUCUGGGUCGCCAUCAGGUUCCGCUGGUGCCGGUCAUGGAGGUCGCGGAGGUCUUGGAGACUCCGGGUCAUCCCCAGGUAACUCAUACGGCUCCCUUUUUCGACCUCUUUCACAUGGAAGUGGCGGCAUGUUUGCUGUUGGAGGUGGUGUCAUUAAGCUGGCAACUAGCCAAUCAGUUACUAUAGAUGGUUUAGUAGAUGCAAACGGCGAGGAUGCCCUCAACAAGUCUUCUGGAGGGGGGAGUGGGGGAAGUAUCUGGAUCCUAUCCAAAGUCUUCAAAGGGAAUGGAGUCAUCAGAGCCUCAGGUGGAAGUGGAUUGUUUUUCGAAAGUGGUGGAGGAGGUGGAGGACGAAUCUCUAUUGCAUUUGACAACCGCACAUUCAGUGGCAAAAUAAAUGUUUUUGGUGGAGCAAGCAACAAAACGGCAGGGGGCGCUGGUUCCUUAUAUCUCCAUAAUAAAUACACAGAUUUCAAACAGCUCAUUGUUGACAACAACAAUAUAGGUUCACCUUUAACAGAUGACAUUACAGACGUCUCAAAUGACGGAGGUCGAACCUGGCUGACACCAGAACCCAACACAAUUGAAAUGUCAUUUGAUGAAGUUGACAUUCGAGGCCAAUCACAACUAGCCGUCCUCACAACUCCACCUGACUCACCUUUCCGCUGGAACAUUGGAGGUAUCCGUGGUGAUCGCUCGGGAAUCCUGCAUGUUAGAGCUAAUCAAGAGAUGCAUAUGACAAUAUCUGACAAUGAGGGAAAACAGCCUCAAUUGCUUUGGGGUGUCAAUGUGUAUCCAAGGGGUGACCUCAAGUUGCCCCAUAACCUUGUUGUUGAUGGGAUCAAAAUUAUUACUGCGGGAAGUUUGAGUGGAGCUCAAAACGUCACUGUGGGAAAUAAUGGAAGACUCAUCCUCAGGCAAUUAAUUUCUCCCAACAACCAGAUGUCCAGAAACCUUACAUUUGACGUGAUUGAGAUCCAGGGCGGAGGUAGAAUUGAAAUACAAAGCGACAAGGACGGCCUUUCAAUAAAAUGCACAGCCCUGUGGAUCCGCAGUGGUGGCGUUCUCAUCGCAGACCGCCUUUCAAUUGUGGCCGACUCAGUUACAAUUGAGCAGUCAGGAAUUAUUGAUCUUAACUAUAAGGCUGUUGUGGCAGGCUCAGGACCAGGAGCUGGGUAUUCACACUAUUCGGGAUCUUCAGGGGCCGGCCAUGGCGGUCGGGGAGGUAGAGGUCAAUCUGAGAAUCGAACUGGUGGUUUCUAUGGAGAUUUCAUCAGUCCAAAAAUGUUUGGUAGCUCCGGUGGUGGAGGAAGUGGUAAUGACAUAGCAACCGGCGGAGGUGUUUUCUACUUACAUGCUCAACGGAUUGUGCACGAUGGAGAAAUUUCAGUAAAUGGAAAAGAUGCUUUAAACAAUUCUGAUUAUGGUGGAGGAAGUGGAGGAAGUGUUUUUAUUGAAGUAGAAUAUUUUGACGGUUCUGGGAUAAUUGAAGCAAAUGGUGGUGCUGGUGGAAUCAAUGGCGGUGGUGGAGGUAGUGGUGGAAGAAUUGCCAUCUAUUACAAUCAGACAUUCUUCACUGGACAGAUUUUCGCAUAUGGGGGAGGGUCUACUGUUGAGAGUGGAGCAGCUGGGACUAUUUACAAGAAAAACAAACAUAAUGGUAAGAGUAUCCUAGAGGUUUACAAUGAAGGGAAGAAGCCAUUGAAAAAGGCAAUCGCUGAUUAUUCAGACUUGACAAGUGAUAGUGCGAGAACAUGGCUGACGAUAAGCCACAUUAUUGGUUCAUUGGUGCCAGUUACUGUGCCAGAUAUAAAUCUUGGGACCACUGUUUACAAAGGCCUCACAAUUACCGAAGUGAAGCUAGGUGGAUCAGCUCAUCUUGCAAUUGAACCUGACGCCACCAAAAUUCGCCUUCACACGUUUGCACAGUUUUAUGGAAUGUUUGAAGGAAACAGCUUUGGCUUCGUUCAUGUUGGACCUAAGCAACUACUUGCAAUGCCAGACACAGACUACUACAUUCCAGUUAAUUUAAAGGUUUACCCGUCAGGCUACAUUAAGUUACCGGACAGAGUCAUGCUACACAAGAACUCCCUGUCUCUUGAUGCUGGAUAUCUCAUUGGUGUCGAAGACCUAGCUAUCUCGCAGUGUACAGUUUCGUUUGGAGCCGGCUCUGGAGCACAAAGCACAGGAUCAUUACAAGCGAUGUAUUUUAAGAUUCAAACACUGACGAUCAUGAGCCAAGGGAUAUUAGAUAUGGUUGCACCAAACUCUAAUUAUUCAUUACAUAUUGACUCUCUAGUCAUCAACUCGGGAGGUGCACUAAAUGGACGAAAAGUAGAUAUUGUUGCAAAGAGCGUAACUGUUGAUGAGUCAGGGAAGAUAAACUUGGAUGGCCAAGGAGAGAAGUGUCUAGAUCCCAACGUUUACUACGCUGGGUCAGGAGGUAGUCAUUCGGGCUAUGGAGGGUUUGGAAUUGGAAGCAAGCGACAAGACCCAUUUGAUUCAGUUUUUCUCCCAGUAGCAUUUGGAACGGCUGGGUAUGCUGGGCGUUCAUCUUUUAGUUGUAUGGGUGGAUCUGGUGGUGGAUCCCUGAACUUGACAGUCGAUGGGACACUACAAAUUGAUGGUGAAAUCUCGUCCAGAGGCCAAAAUGCUAAAGACAGUGAAAGUGGUGGAGGUGCAGGUGGUAGCAUUUUAAUCAGAAUCACUACACUAGAGGGUACAGGUACGUUCGAAGCCCAAGGCGGUGAUGGCGGAGUCACCUCUGGUGGAGGAGGUAGUGGUGGAAUUGUUGCAAUUUACUACAAGAUAUCAUCACAUCAGUUUUCCUACAAGGUUCAUGGCGGAGGUGGCAAGAAGAUCGGUGCUUCUGGCUUCCUGUACACAAAGAGGGAUCUCCAGCGUAGUCGUCGGCAAGUAUCUGAGUCAGAUUCAGUACUGAUCCUGGAAGGAAGGGAGGUUUUGUCUUUUGAAUCUCCAAGCGUACUUGUCUGUGAUCCAAAACUGAUUGACUUUACUUUUGAGGAAGUGAAGCUUUUAAAAUCCAGCACCCUGACGAUGAUUUCAUGUUCUCAGGGAAGUCCUAUGACUCUGAUCGCAAGAACAAUCAAGGGUGACAAAACAGCGUGGUUGGUCGUGAAACCAAAUCAUGAUGUUUAUAUUGGCGUUACAAGCAUAGUUGAGCCAAGCAUGGAGCUAGAAUUUAAUGCGGAAAUUGAAGAUGGAGGAACGCUGUCUGUUCCGGGGAAUUUCUUCAUUUCUGGUGAUACACAGAUAAACCUUAGUGGCAGCUUAAUUGGCGUGUCGGACUUAACAGUCAACGAUAAAGGAAAACUUGUGCUUAAAUAUCCUGGACAUACUGGCUUUAGAAUAACUCCUGACCAGGGAAAAUCUGUAGUGCAGAUUUCAACUGUGCGAAUCAAAGAUGGUGGAAGCAUUACAACAACUUCACCAAGCAAGGUUGAAAUAAAAUCGGAUCUCUUACAAAAAGACUUUGGUGGGAAUCUUGGACCUGGAAUUUCUGUGUCUUCGAAUCAACGAAUAGAGCACACCAUUGGACCCUCUCUCAAUAAGCAGGGCUGCCCACAUGGAUACGAAGUUGUUGAAGUAGCUUCCAAAACUUUGUAUAACCCAUGCGGUGUUGGGAAGCACAUUUUUAACAAAAGAAAUGAAUCUUACCUCGUAUUAAAAAACGUCUCAGUGGCCAUAUCACAUAAUGAAACCAUUUAUGUAAUUAAGAAUGAGACACGCUUCAACGUCACAUACUACAUUGCUUGCGACUAUGACGAUUUCAAACUUUUACCUGGCCAAUCUUGCAACCUAGCACCAGGAAGCUAUAAAUACAAUUCUCUGGAAAUACAAGGAAGUGCUGCGAUGUAUGUUGAACCAGGAACAGAAAAAGGAAAUGCUAGUACUUUAUCUGUUUCUAAGCUUACCAUCUUCUCUCAAGGCCAACUAAUUGCAAAGACGUCCAAUUUUAUUGAUGCCAUCUCGACACCCUCGGACUAUGGUGGCAGCUAUGGAGGUCUUGGAGGAGGUGCUUCUGAAAACAGCGCCUUAUAUGGUAACAUUUCAUUUCCUGUGGAUUAUGGUAGUAAUGGUGGAGGAAGCAGUCAAAAUCAUGGAUGGGGAGGAGGUGUGAUAAUCCUAAAGACAACAGAACUUUUCAACGAUGGGCUUAUUGAUGCUAGUGGUGGGGACGGAUCUUCUGGAGCUGGUGCUGGAAGCGGAGGCAGCAUCCAAGUAGUAACAGAUUAUAUGAAAGGAUCUGGUAUAUUCAGGGCUCGUGGUGGAAAUGCGAACUUCCCUGCGGGAGGGGGAGGCGGGGGAAGAGUUGGAAUAACGAUACGUAAGGGGCAGAGUGAAUUUCGCGGUCUUUAUGAUGCUACUGGUGGAGAUGGACGUAGACCAGGCUCAUCUGGAACUGUUUUUGUACGUGACCAAAGACAAGGAGCUUCAUAUGAAAUGAUCAUGUUCUGGAACAAGAUCAUUGGCUAUCCUCCGGCUCAAUUACCAAACACAUCAGCUCCCUACACCUAUGAUGAAAUCCGUUUAGAAAAUCGCGGUACGUUCCUAGCAACAGCUCAGCUAGUAGUCGCUAAGAGCUUUGUUACCGAUGGCACUGGCAAGCUAACAAUUUCAGGAGGUGCCCGAGUUGACAUUCUGAGUUUUUCAAAAUCCUCGAGAACAUUUUCAUGUGACCUUGAAAUACAAGCAGGUGGUUCCUUGUACUUCUACAAUCAACCAAUCUUUUUAGGUCCAGGUUCCCCUACUGUGGUAGUUGCCGGUAUUUUGGAUGCUAGAGAACCUUCUGUUGGCAAAGGCAAGUCUAUAAAAAUAACUUCAACAGGGGAAAUAAGACUGGAUAAGCUGAGACUUCUUAAAGACUCUGUGAUGCGAGUGGAUUCUGAUGCCUCAAUCAAGAAGAGCUUCUCGUAUGCUCAAUUCCAUCUUACCUCACUGAGACUGGAUACGAAUGCACAACUUAUAUUUGCUCAAGAAAAUGUUUCUUUGAGGGCUGAUUUAAUUCAUCUUAGCCAGGGAGCAGCAAUCACGUCUGAUACCGAUACGAAACUUAUCAACAUCACAAGUAAUGAUAUUCUUAUAGAUAAUCAAGCAAGAAUAACUGCUGAUGAAGGAGGCUUUUUGGGUGGUCCAGGAAAGGCCAACGGCUCUGGUAGUGGCUGUGGACAUGGUGGAGGAGGUGGGGGAGGCCAGGGAGGAGAGUCGUAUGGAUCAGUAUUUGAACCCCAGCAUUAUGGCAGUGGUAACAAUGCCCGUGGUGGAGGAGUAAUUUUCUUAAAUAUUAAAGGAGGAUUUACUCUAUAUGGCAGUGUAAGUGCAAAUGGUGCAAAUGAUUCAAGGGGAGGAGCAAGUGGCGGUAGUAUACUGGUCCAUGCAGGAACUUUAUCUGGUCACGGGGAGGUUCUAUCAAAUGGUGGUGAGGGACUUAGUAAUUCUGCCGGUGGCUCUGGUGGUCGUAUAGCGCUGUACAUUACAGAUAGGACAUCUUUCAAGGGUGUUCUUACUACUUACGGUGGAUGUGGGACCACUUGUGCUGCAGCCGGAACAAUCUUCAUCCGUGAGUAUGUGGUUGGACUGCCUCAGAACUCUACAGUAAUAGACAAUGGAGACAGGAAAACAGAAGCUAACACGAUUAUAAUGCACGAAAUGAAGAUCUCUUACACGAUGCGACUACUUAAACUCGUCAAUGGGGCCCGGCUUGAGGUAGCAACUGUUCCUAAUGUGGAAAUGAAGAUAGCCAUUCAGAAUCUUGAAGGUGAUGGAAGUGGAAGCUUUCAUGUGCAUCACAAUCAAACACUAACCCUGGGGGCUGGCAAGGCUGUUUCGUCACGACCGUUCAUGUUUCCAUGGGCAAUGAUCGUGGAUGAGGGAGCAACGUUGAAUCUAGAUCCAGUACUUUUCAUUACGCGAACAGCAAUUUCGCCAUCCCUGUACUUAGCUGGUAAACUGACUGGCGGCGAAAAAGUUACUGUUGGACAAGAUGCCUCUGUGGUUAUAGCAAAAAGUGGAGUUAUUGGAACUCACUCCAACACACCUGGAAAGUACUCAUUCCUCUCGCUUAAAGUCUCUAGUGGCGGACGCAUUACAAUUGAAGUUGAUGAGGUUGCAAAUGCUCCUGUCGAACUCAAGUCUCUCUCUGUUGAUGUGGCUUUCGGUGGAGUUAUAAUUGGAAGAUACCUUAGAGUUGACGCAUCAUUAUUAAACAUUGCCUUUAGUGGAACUUUGCAAGCAAAUGGAUUAGGUAACCCUGCAGGAGUUGGUCCUGGUGCUGGCAGUUCUUCUUUGUUAACAGGAGGUGGUUAUGGAGGUUGUGGUGGAGGUAAUACCAAUGAAACCUGCGUGGUAUAUGGAUCAUUGUUUGAAGCAACAGAGUUCGGUAGUGGGGGAGGUACAACACAAGUUCCAGAUGGUAUCUUUGGUAGUGGUGGUGGUAUCAUAGAGGUAGAGGCUCAGGUUUUAAUUGUUGAUGGAACCAUUUCUUCAAAUGGUCAGAGUGGCAGCAGCACAACAGGCGGUGGUAGUGGUGGAAGUGUGGAUAUUUCUAUCUCGCAAACAUUCAGUGGUCGAGGAAAAAUAAAAGCUGAAGGAGGAUACGUAUCUGGUCAAGUGACAGGGGCUGGUGGGGGAGGUCGCAUUUCUAUACUUAUAACUGGUGAUAACAAAUUUAGUGGUUCUUUGAGUGCUCGUGGCGGAAGUUCAUCGGCUAAAAGUGGAUCGCCUGGAACGGUUUACACUGAAGAUGGAAAAACAGUUUUACGUAAAAGAAAACUCUUUCUCGAUAAUGGCGGCAUCUCUUCAAACUCACCUUUGCCAAUUUUUUUGAAUCAAUCAGUUGUGGCUUCUUAUGAUUUUCAAGAAAUCCACUUAAAUGGCCUGGUUAUGCUACACGUUGAUAAAGAUAUGGAAGUUGAAAAGCUGGUCACAGACUCCGACAGCGUUAUAUAUAUCAAAGAUAAUGUUACUUUCACUGUCGAGCCAAAUUCGAAGUAUCUCCAGCCUGAUUGUAGCUUUAUUGUGGACGCCAAUGGUGAAAUUCGUAUUCCAGACAAAGUUAUGUUUCUCGGAAGAAACAACGUUUUCAAAGGUACUUUGACGGGUAUACUGGAUAUGGUUAUUGGUGAGAACAGAAAGGUUUAUCUAUUGGCCUCGGCGCGAACAGCUCGUUACAUUGAUGGUAAGUACACAUUUAUUACUCACCGUGGAGAAUACAGAUUUUCAUCGCUGAGAAUAAAGAAUGGUGCAUUCUUCUCGUUUGAAAAUGCGCACUUGAAGAAAGUUCCUCUCACUCUUGGACGGCUUGAGGUAAACUUUGGGGCUUCGAUGCAAGGCAGCUGGCUUGACAUCAAGGCUUCUGAUGUUAUCAUACACUCUGGCGCCACUAUUGACCUCUCUGCUCAAGGAUACGAAAGUGACAAGGGGCCUGGGGCAGGAGGUCUACAUCAGUCCGAUGGAACUGGCGCUGGGCAUGGUGGCUAUGGUGGAAUUAGCACCGUAAACUUUGGAAAGUGGUAUGGUUCUGCACUCAAUCCAAACAAUACCGGAAGUGGCGGUGGCAGCUCCAGUAGUGGUAAAGGAGGAAGAGGUGGUGGUUAUCUUCGCUUAACAGUUGUUAGGUUACUUACACUUGAAGGGACAAUAUCAGUAGAUGGAGAUGGUGGAACAGUGUUAAAUAGUGGGGGAGGUAGUGGAGGUAGCAUUUGGAUCUCAGCAGACAACAUACAGGGUAAUGGGAUUAUUAGUGCAGAAGGCGGUGAUGGCAACGGUACUGGAGGUGGAGGCAGUGGUGGACGUGUUGCUCUCUACUUGCAAGGGUUGAUGAGUUUUGAAGGUCUUUUGAAUGCAAAAGGUGGUGACGGGAAAGACGCUGGUGCUGCUGGAACACUUUAUAUUCAGGAUAAUAACAAACGCAUCCCUCGCAAACGCUUAUGGAUUGACAACCUGAAAGUUGGCAACAACAAACCUCAAACGGUGCUUUAUGAGGCAGACAGAGUUAACUUCCUUUUUGAUGAGCUUCGGCUUAAUGGAAUGUCUCGCUUUGAGAUAUACAAUCUUCAAAGGAAGCUUCAAACUAUCCAGGUUGCAAAUUUUAUCUCCGAUGGUGUUGGUGAAAUUGCCAUAAGAAAAAACCAGACUCUUCUCGCAGAAGUCCUUGAGGCAAAAGAGAGUCACCUAACCUUGACAACGAACAUCUACGUUGAGGAAGGUGCUAAUCUGGUUGUGGCUUCGAAUUUAACAAUUGAUGGUGCAACACUUACCUUGGAUGGUAAACUAUCAAAUGUUCGACAUCUUGUCGUUGAGUCAGGGAGUGCCAUUAAAUUUGGAGUCACAUCACAGACAACGCUUAUGGAGAACAAGAACUUUGUAUUUCAGAGUGACCCUGGAACGCAACAGUUUGCAAGUGUGACGCUAAAGAGUGGCUCUGACUUUGGGGCUCCCCUUAAUCUUAAGCUUAGUGUUGGAAAGUUGAAUAUGAAGAGUGGGGUGAUUCUCCAAGGUAAAUUUGUUGAUAUCAAAUCCCAGUCGCUUCUCAUUGGUCGUGGGGCAACUCUAACAACUAACGAUAUCAUGGAAAUAGAGUUAAAUGCUGGUGGUAGAGGACACUCUUCGGGUAAUGGUGGCUCUGGCGGCGGGCAUGGAAGCAUUGGUGGAACUGGAUAUAAUACGUUAGCUGGUGGGAUUCCCUAUGGAACGAUUUAUGAGCCAAAUCAACCAGGAAGUCCAGGUGGUGAUGGCGGUUCUGGUGACUCAGGUGGAAAAGGCGGUGGAGUUAUAUCAAUUGACACUGAUAUUCUAGAAAAUGAUGGAUCCAUCACAGCUAAUGGUGGAGAUGCAUCUCAGAGCAGCCAAGCUGGUGGAGGAAGCGGUGGCAGUGUGUACAUAAUCGCCAGUAGCGUAUUUUCUGGUACAGGGACAGUUUCUGCCCAUGGUGGGCGUGGAGAUGGCGCUGGUGGAUGCGGUGCAGGCGGACGAGUGGCAAUACAUCUUAAAUCUCAGUAUGCAUACCGUGGAACAUUGGAGGCCUUAGGAGGACUUUCUAGUAGCAGUGGAGCUUCUGGUGGUCCAGGCACAGUUUACAUCAAAGACGUCCGCUACAAGUUAUAUUUUGAACAGCUGCACGUUGAUAACCAAGGGCAAAGUUGGCAAAACUAUGUUACUCUAAACGAAAGUAAAACAUCCUAUCACUUUCAUGAGCUUCACUUAGUACACAAAGCAUCGUUACGUAUGACUCCCAGUUCAAACUUGACUCAGUCUUCAACGCUUAGCAUCGGGAAACUCUUUGGAGAUCGAUCAGGUCUUCUGCAUCUGUAUAAUGGCCACAAAGCAAUAAUUGAAGUAGUAGAGGCACAGCUGACAACUACUAAGACCCCUGUGAACUUAAGAAUUGACAGUGGGGCCGAAGCUGUUAUGGCAACAACGGUUUACAUUGUUGGCGAUGGCGCUGUGGCGUUACAUUGCAACGGAACAUUAAACGGCGUUCGUAACCUUUAUGUUACUCAAAAACGUGUCGUUCUCUUGGAACAAGGCUCACGAACACUAAGGGACGAUGAACAACCAGGAACCUUUAUGUUCUCCAAUGUGAAGUUAUUUAGCGGAAGUUCAGUGACCAUGAAGGAUGAGAUCGUGAUGAAAAUUAUUGCUGGAUUCUUAAACAUAAAGUUCCAUGCAAGCUUGGAGGCUCAUUAUUUCGAUAUUGUCACUUCAAAUCUUGACGUGGAAACUGGGGGACUACUUAGUGUUGCUGGUGAUAACAAGGCACGUUUGGCUGUUGAACCAAGUGAAGUAUCUUCACUUCCGCAGGGAGCUGGGGCAGGACAUGCCAGCAACGGAGGAAGUGGCUAUGGAGGGGCUGCUGGAGGCUUGUAUCAUGGAUCCCUUUACAAACCGAAAGACUCUGGUCGCAGGGGUGGAAAAGGUACAAAUAACGGUAUUGGUGGAAGAGGUGGUGGAUAUGUUAAAAUUGAGGCUGGCACACUCAUCAUCAACGAUGGCAUCAUUACUGUUGAGGGUGGAAGUGCUGUAAGCGGUGGAGGAGCUGGUGGGGGAAGUGGCGGCAGCCUUCUAUUCAACACAGAAUCAUUCAUUGGUUAUGGAGAAAUGAACAGUAAUGGUGGGAAUGGAGGAGGUACCAAUGCUGGUGGAGGUUCCGGGGGAAGGAUUGCAAUUUAUGCCACUGAGAACCUUUACAGAGGGACUUACCAAGCUUUCGGUGGAAGCUCCGUCUCAGGGGCUUAUGGAGGACCAGGCACGGUGUUCUUGCAGGAUAUACGUUCAAAGAGGCCUUUCAAGCAGCUGCGAAUUGACAACCUAAUGCGUUCCAUUAGAGAUCCAGUCACGAUAGAUGAAGCCAACCUAACCAAUCAUGAUUUCUCACAAGUUCACCUGUUUGGACGUGCAGCCAUCAAUAUGGCUGUUAGAAAGGAACGAACGACUUUGAAAAUGUCGAGAUUGUUUGGAGAUCGAACAGGACUUCUUCAUUCCCGUGCGAACCAAACAUUUUAUUUGGAAGCGUCUGCCACGGAACAUAGUGUGUCGAAGCCUGCUGUCAACUUGAGAAUUGAUGAAAAUGCUGAGAUGGUCUUUGGCGCGUCAUUAUACGUUAUUGGAGAUGGAGCCAAAGGAACUGGACAAAUAACUGGUGACUCUUCUUUCACAAUUGAUGGAAGAAUGAUAGACGUUACUCACCUGUUCCUUACUAAGCGUUUGAAGUCAAGAUUAUUAUCCCACGCUCAUUCUGCAGAUUACCAUAAUGAAACUUUAACUGUGAGUGCUGUAGGCACCUUCGUGCUAGCCACGUUUGAGAUCCAAGAUGGUUCAGAAGUAUUUUUUCCUGAUGUGCAAGGAGUUCAAUGUGAAGUUGGACUUCUUCACAUGAAAUACGGCUCCGUGAUUGUGGCAGAUACAUAUCGCAUUGGAGUUACGUCGCUUCUUCUUGAAACCGGAAGUAAAAUAACUGCUUCCGGAAAAGUUCGUCCGAGUGAUUAUGACAGUUCUGUUCUUCCCAGUUCUUGUAAAGGUUCAGGUGGAAGCUAUGGAAGCAAAGGUGGAAAAGGUCAUAAUGGCGUUAAUGAACUUCAUUCCUAUGGUAGUAUCUUUACGCCUGGUCACUAUGGCUCAGCUGGAUGCCCAGGAAGUCAGAAUGGUGGAAAGGGUGGAGGACUUAUCAUCAUGGAAGUUGGGGAUGAACUUUACCUUGAUGGUACCAUAGCGAACGACGGACAGGACGCUGCUAGUGGAUCAGCCGGAGGGGGCGGAAGUGGCGGAAGCAUCUGGAUCAAAUGUGGUAGAUUUAAUGGUCACGGCCUCAUAACUUCAAACGGUGGUGCAGGCGAUGGUCUCACCUCUGGUGGUGGAUCCGGUGGACGGAUUGCUGUUGAUACUCCAACGCAGAAUAAGUACGUUGGUGAAUACACUGCCAUUGGGGGAGAUUCAGGCGACCCAUCGAAAGACACAACUCAGUAUUCUGGUGGGCCAGGCACAGUGUUCUUGAAAGAUGCGCGAAAUCAGUAUGCGCACACGCAGCUUCGCUUGGACAACAAAGGUAGAACUUGGGAUCAUUAUGUCACCCUCAACGAAAGUUUGAAGUCUUACACCUUUGACGAACUUUAUCUCGUGCGCAAGGCCGCUAUUCAUUUGGUCCCAGAUGGCAAACCAUUGAACUUGACUGUGCACAAAGUGGAAGGUGAUCGAACUGGACUUAUUCACGUACACGAGAAUCAAACUUUGAAAGCCGAGUUUUUAGACGCAGUGUACACCAUCACCAGGACUGCUGCAAACUUCAAACUUGAUAAGGGGGCCAAUGCUAUUAUGGCGACGUCGGUGCACGUAGUUGGACAAGGAGAAGUGGCAUUUGAAUGGAACGGCCGUCUUAUAGACGUGCAGCACUUCCAUGUCGCUUACGGUCGAACCAUUAAGAUUGGUUUUUAUGCUCACACUGCUGGUACUAAAGCAGGAAAGUAUCGUUUUAUUGAUGGUUAUGGUACGUUUCGUUUUUCAACGCUGGAAUUUGGGAGUGGUACUUUAAUACAUUAUCCACCGCCUAUGGGAGUACACUUCAUCGUCAGCCUAUUGGAUAUCAAGUUCAGCUCAUAUUUCGAAGCAGAGUUCUUCAAAAUUGAAGCUACUGACUUCUACCUUGAACCGAAUGCUACCCUCAACUGCGCUGGAAGGGGGUUCGAAAAUAAAACGGAGGGAUCAGGAAAGGACUCUGCUUCAGGAGGUUCCGGAGCGGGGCAUGGAACACCAGGCGGUGAUGGUAAAGAUGUCAGUGGAGGAGAAGAAGUGGGUUCCGUGUAUGAGCCAGUACUUCCUGGUGCGAGAGGUGGGACGAGAACUGGAAGGACUACUGGUAGCAGGGGAGGGGGACGUGUUCGUGUAAGUGUUGGAUUUGCCUUUCGAUUGGAUGGGAUUAUCAAUGUCGAUGGAGACGAUGCAGCAACGAAUUCAGGAAGUGGUGCCGGAAGUGGAGGUAGUGUCUGGAUAACAACUGGCUAUCUUCGUGGCCAUGGCGAUAUAUCUGCACGUGGCGGAGAAGGAAACACUGACGGCCUUGCCACAGGUGGAAGUGGCUCAGGAGGACGAAUUGCAGUUCAUGUGAAAAUCAAAGACGAGUACAGAGGUGGCUUUUACGCCUUAGGUGGUGUAUCUUCUGGGACCCAACAUGGUGGUUCAGGAACUGUGUACAUAGAGGAGAUCCAGGGUGAUAAGUUAUUCAGACGGCUGUAUAUCGACAAUCAGAAUGCAAAUCCACCAAAGGUCUUUACCUUGGACGAGAUGAACCCAAAGACUGUGAAGGCGAAUGCUACCGAAGAAAAUGACGCAGAGUUUGGCUUUGAUGAACUGAUGCUACAAAGAGGCGUUGUGUUCCGGAUUGCAGACUUGAGACUUAGUGAGCGCCCAGCUAUUUCUGUUAUAACUGUCCUCGGUGAUGGUUCGUCUGUACUACAUGUUAUGGAGAAUCAGACAUUCUUCAUAGAGUACCAGGAAUAUACCAGACGAAGGUCGUUCCCUCCCGUGAACUUUAAGGUCGAUUACGGUGGGGAAUUAAUGUUAGUGUCAGACUUCCAUGUCGCUGGGAAGAAUAACCCGGCAUUUGAGCUUGAAGGACGAAUUACGGGAGUCUCGAACUUAAGUCUCACAGAGAGUCGAGUCCUGCGAGCGGGUGAAAACAUGAGUAGUGCUUUGCUGAAGGACAAAGUUUACAUUGAAACACCGAUUGACGGACAGUUAAAAUUUGGAGUUUUCAUUAUGGAAGCCUCAUCAGGACUAUAUUUUGCUAAGCGCAUGAAAUUUGUUGUCAGCACACUCUACAUGCGACAGAAGGCUGUCAUUUCGGCAGACAAAAUUCAUAUGGCUUUGAAUGAAGUUCAUAUGGAAGGAAGCUCUAGAAUCACGACAUCUGGAAAGGGCCCCAAAGCAGGAGAGGGUCUGGGUCCUGGAUCCAGUUUCAGUAAUGUCGGUUCUGGUGGAGGUCAUGGUGGGCAAGGUGGCCCAGGAAGUACAGUCGAUGGGGGAUCUGGGUAUGGUUCCUAUGUGUACCCAGUGCAUCCAGGCAGUGGAGGAGGUGGAGACGGUGGCGGUGCUGGAGGAUGCACGACUGAGAUAACAGUUGGAUAUUCCCUACAUUUGGAUGGCAUCAUAGAGAGCGAGGGUGCCAAUGGAACAUCUAACAGUGGAGGUGGCAGUGGAGGCAGUAUUCUGAUCAAAACUGUGCUCUUCUCUGGACAUGGGCUGAUAAUUGCGAAUGGCGGAAGUGGUGACGGAAAUGGAGGUGGUGGGGCAGGCGGCCGGAUUGCAGCGCACGUUGCUUGGCUAAGAGAGUACGCUGGACAAUAUACAGCUUUUGGUGGAACAGGCUUUAAAGCAGGAGCCGCAGGCACUGUGUAUUACACUGAUACUAACCAAGGGCUAAGUCACAGGCCACUGCUUAUCAACAAAGCAAACCACACAGUAUUUGGCGAGGGAUUCACAAAGCUUACAGUUGAUAACUUUAAUCGGAAUCCCGAUAUUCCGACAAUAAUCAUUUACGAAAACAGCUCAUAUUACGAAAUCGACGAAUUAGAGAUGAGAAACCAUGGCUUGCUUCACAUACACGGCAACAAUUCAAGUUUUGUCAUCCACAACUUCACUGGAGACCGAACUGGUCUUGUGCACCUUAGGCAAGGUCAGAAGAUGUUUGUUCAAGUUGUAGAGUCCAAGUCAGGCUACAGUGUUGCUCCUGUCAGCUAUAAGAUUGACAAAGGCGCCGAGAUAGUAUUCCCUUCUAGUUUAACACUUUUAGGGACGAGAUGUUCCUUUGACGGACUGGUAAUAGGUGUUCAUCGGCUUAUUGUUGCCGAAGGUGCUGAGGUUGUGUUUGCUUCAACAACCCAGACUGGUAUCAAAGAGGACAGAAAAUUCAGAUUCCUGACCACGCCAGGCAACAUUACCUUUGCAGAAGUGUACGUACAGAAAGGCUCAAGGCUGGAGUUUUCGCGGAUCAACAACACCUUAGUCUUUACUGCGAUAAUUUUCCGACUGAAAUAUCAUGGAUUAGUCAACAUCAACCAUGGUGAGAUCGAUUCUUCUUGGGCUUGGGUUGAAAGUGAAGGCAAACUUGUUUUAGACUACACCGGACAUCCAGCCGAAAUGGGCUCAGGUCCAGGAAAUACAGUGAACUUGAUUGGAUCCGGUGCAGGCCAUGGCGGUAUGGGUGGAGUUUCCCAGGCAGGGCAGCUUGGUGGUGAGCCAUAUGGCUCUAUAUACAAAGCAGUUCACCUAGGUAGCGGCGGAGGUAAUGGGAAUGGAAACGGUGGAUCCGGUGGGGGUAUGCUUCAUUGGCGAAUUGGACAGGAGAUCGAACUGGAUGGACUCGUUACUUUACGUGGUGGCGACGGUUCUGGAGCAAGCGCUGGCGGUGGUAGUGGUGGAAGUAUCUUAAUCGAGACAACGAACUUUACAGGCUAUGGAGAAAUUAAUGUUAUGGGAGGAGAUGGCUCUGGUCCAAGUGGGUCUGGGGGAGCAGGUGGUAGAAUAUCGGCGCAUGUACGCUUUCGUCAUAAGUAUGCUGGAGUAUUCAAGGCGUAUGGAGGAGAUGGAAAAACUUACGCAGCAGCAGGCACAGUGUACAUAGAAGAAACUGCGCGUGGACCACAAUAUGCUGACUUAAAGUAUGACAAGAGUACGAAUACGACUUAUAUUACAGCAACCCACAGGUACAUGGAAGUUGAUAAUGAAGAUCGCAAAACCGAGGUGUCUACGAUGAUGAUGGAGAGUGAGCACUUAUUCUAUGAAUUAGAUGAGUUGUUCCUUACAAGGCAUGCUAAUUUGCAGGUUAGGCAUCCACCAGGGAGUCUUAAUGUCACUGUUAUUGUACACCGAUUUCUUGGAGAUGGUACAGGAAGAUUUCAUGUCAGGAUCAACCAAACCAUAUAUGUUGAAGUGGUGGAGUCGGAGACUAAUGAGACCAUAGCACCUUGUAGUUACAAGAUUGACCAGGGAGCUGAAGUAGUUUUCCCAGCUAUUGUUAACAUCUAUGGUACUAGAAGCAUUAUCGAAGGACGAAUAACGGGAGUGGAACAUUUGAUUAUUGCAAGUGGUGGGUUUGUUGAGUUCUCGUCCACUGCUCAAACAGCAAGAGUGGAGAAUCGCCGCUAUGUAGAGAUAGACGAAAAUGGCAACUUUUCGUUUGCUACUGUGACAGUUGAAAGGAAUUCAAGAUUAACUUUCAGUCGCAUUCUCAAUUACACUCUCAGUUUGCGUUGCUCGGAGUUCAGGAUUAAAUACGAAGGACUGAUGACUAUGAACCAUGGCUAUAUUUAUUCUGCAUUUGCUUGGAUAGAAAGUGAAGGUAUCCUGUCUUUGGACGGUACAGGAUUUGGGCCAGAGCAAGGUUUUGGACAUGGAACGACCAAAAAUAAUUUUGGCUCAGGGGCUGGUCACGGUGGGGAAGGUGGGAAAACAGACUAUGGCGAAGGUGGAAUCCCAUACGAUUCUGUCUACACCCCACGGUUGUAUGGCAGUGGUGGAGGUAAUGGCCGAGGAAUAGGUGGCUCUGGUGGGGGUUCUUUGUUCUGGAUCGUGGGUCAACGACUUCAAAUCAACGGACUUUUGUCCUCAAAGGGAACUGAUGGGGAAGGAAUUGAUGCUGGAGGAGGAAGCGGCGGUAGCAUUUUGAUAACUACUACAAACAUGACUGGCCACGGCGAAAUUGCUGUUCCUGGUGGCUCAGGAACUGGUUCGGGAAGUGCAGGAUCUGGCGGGAGAGUUGGAAUUCACUGCCGGUGGCGAUACAAGUACGGAGGAAAGUUUACUGACCAUGGAGGUCAGAAAGGAAGGAAUGGAGGUCCAGCUGGAACAAUCUAUAAAGAAGAGAAUUUCAGACCCCUACAAUAUCGUCACCUUAAAUACAUGAAAGAAACGAACACUACCAUGUUAGCAGUUGAUCACACUUACGUACAUAUUGACAAUGAUGGUUUUGAUGUUCCCGGCGCAACUCUUCUCAUGGAAGAAAAUACCACCUACUAUGAAUUCGAUGAAAUGGAGCUAACAGGUUACUCACGACUUCUGGUCUAUCAUCCUGGAAACGUCACAGUAACUGCUGUUGUGCACAAGUUCAUAGGUGAUAAAAGUGGACAGUUCCACAUCCGUCGUGAUCAAAAGAUUUUUGUGGAGUAUGUUGAAUCCGAAACAAACAAAACUGAAGCACCUUGUAGUUAUAGGAUCGAUGUGGGAGGACAGAUUAUUUUACCGUCGGAGUUUUCAAUGCAUGGCACGCGUUCAGUUUUCGAAGGGAUGAUCAUUGGCGUUCGUGAUUUGCUUGUGUCUCUUGGUGCUGAGGCUGAUUUCUAUUCAACCUCACAGACAGCACUGAUAGAGAAUGGCGACUACAUUGCAAUAUCGAAGCCAGGAAAUAUUUCUUUCGCAAUUGUUAUUGUCAAGAAGGGGGGUGACAUCGAAUUCCGUAAAAACACUGGAUUCUUGAGAGUAAAUGUUGACGAACUGAAGAUAAAAUAUCAAGGAAAACUUAGUAUGAACCACGGAGAGAUGUUUUCAACAUUCGCUUGGUUGGACAGCCAAGGUCAUUUUAACUUGAACGAGGGGGGAAAUACAGCUGAAAAGGGACAAGGUGCCGGAAUUACGGUAAAUUCAAUUGGCCUUGGAGCAGGUCAUGGAGGGAGAGGGGCUCGAUCAGGAGGACAAGCGUAUGGUUCAGUUUAUCGCCCCCUGGUACUAGGUAGCGGAGGUGGAAACGGGGGAGGAACAGGAGGAACUGGGGGCGGUCAACUUCUUUGGGAAGUUGGAAAAAGAUUAGAACUUAACGGACUUGUCUCAGCCAUAGGCGGAACAGGUAAUGGCGGUCACGCUGGUGGCGGAAGUGGUGGGAGCAUUCUCAUCAAAACAACAAACAUGACUGGGCAUGGCGAGAUUGCUGUAACUGGAGGAGAUGCUAUUAACCAAGGGGGAGGAGGAUCUGGAGGUCGUGUCGGAAUACAUUGUCGUUUUAGGUAUACAUUUGGCGGAAAAUUUACCGACAGAGGUGGUUUUGGAACACAAAGCCAGUAUGGAGCUCCUGCAGGGACAGUUUACAAGCAAGAGAAUCUCCGUCCACUGGAGUACCGAAUACUUAAAUACAGUAAAGAAACUAACGAGACUUUCCUGGCUGUAGAUCAUACGUAUCUUCAUGUAGAUAAUGAAGGACAUGAUGUGCCUGAAGCCACCGUCCUUAUGGAGGAAGGAACUACAGAUUAUGAGUUUGAUGAGGUUGAACUCACCGGGUACUCACGCCUUAUUGUUUAUCAUCCAAACGAAACGGACGUUACAGUGAUAGCACAUAGAUUUAUUGGGGACAAGACUGGACAGUUUCAUCUGAGGGUUAAUCAAACCAUCUAUGUGGAAGUAGUCGAAUCUGAAACAAACAGAACUGAAGCUCCAUGUAGUUAUCGCAUUGACGAGGGUGCAGAGAUUGUCCUUCCAGCGGAGUUUCAUGUUCAUGGAGUUAGGUCGGAACUUUACGGGUUGAUGACAGGUGUGCACUUUCUUUUCCUAGAAGACGGAGGCACCCUUAAGAUAGCAUCAUCGGCACAAACGGCGCUAACGGAGAACCGGACUUAUAUUGAUAUCACCCAACCUGGUAACAGCUCUUUUGCUCACAUCAUAAUAAAACAAGGCGGUUUGUUGGAUCUGGUGCGUGUGGAAGAUGUCGCUGUGUCAGUCACGUCGUCUGUGUUUGAGGUUCUACAUAAGGGAACAGUGCGAGUGAACCAUGGUGUAUUUUAUUCCGCCUUUGCUGAAGUGGAAACUAAAGGUGUAGUUGUACUUGAUGGGGCUGGUUACGAGGCAGCGACUGGUCCCGGUGCAGGGUCGAGCUAUUCGUCAAAUUCAGGAUCUGGAGGUGGUUUUGGUGGGCAAGGAGGACGAUCUCAUAGUAAUAGCAACGGGGGUAGCGCUUAUGGAUCUGUGUACAGGCCGCUCUCUUAUGGUAGUGGGGGAGGACAUGGGAAGUGGAAUGGAGGAGGAGCAGGCGGUGGUUCUCUCUGGUGGCAAGUUGGCAAACUUGUUCAUCUUGACGGCCUUCUAUCAUCCAAAGGAGAGAGCGGUAGCAGCAAUGGUGGUGGAGGAAGUGGUGGGAGUGUUCUAAUAGAGACCACGAACAUGACUGGACACGGAGAAAUAAAUGUCAACGGCGGGGACGGGCAAUCAAAUGCAGGAGGUGGAGCAGGUGGAAGAAUUGGCAUUCAUGUCGACUUCCAGAAUAAUUUUGGAGGUAAAUUCCGGUCUGCUGGGGGGAAUGUUUCUGGCUAUCCCGCCAACGCAGGCGCAGCUGGUACAGUUUACAAGUACGAAAGUCGGCGGGGUCCACAGUACCGUGACCUCAAGUACAAUCCGGACGCAAACUUAACAUCCUUCAAACCAGAGCACUCCAAGGUCAAAGUGGACAAUGAAAAUAACAACGUUGCUACUCCGACGGUUAUCAUGGAAAAUCAAACCGUGUUUUAUGAGUUUGAUGAGAUGCAAGUGGAGGGACAUUCUACAGUGAUCUUCUACCAUCCAGAAACGGCACGGAAUGUGACGGUCAUAGCUCACGAAGUAACUGGAGAUAAAACCGGUAUUAUAAAACUGGUGUCUCGACAGCGCUUGUUUGUAUUUGUUGUGGAGUCAACGCACACUUACAUGGACGCUCCGUGUGGAUUUCAUGUCGAGGACUAUGCUGAAAUUAUCUUUCCUACGGAGGUUAUCCUUCGCGGGGAAAGCUCAACCAUAAGAGGGCGGAUUACUGGAGUAGAGAGGCUUGUAAUCGAGAGAAAUGGCUUCAUAGAGUUUGGAGGAACAGCUCAUACUGCGCAGUUACCCGAGGAAUCACAGUGGAUUGCUGAUAAUCCAUUUGACCCAUUCACUCCAGGGCUUAUCAUCGUCCCACAGUUAAUCAUUAGUAAUACCGGUGUAGUUAAAGUCAAGAUGACUCCGAUCCGAGUUGUACUUGAUAUCGCCGACACCAAUGUCAAAAAAGGUGGUCAACUCAUCCUUUAUACAAACCACGUGACCAUUAAUGCUGACUUCGUUACUGUCGAAAGUGGAGGUCUGAUAGACUCUUCAGGUGCUGGUUAUACAGCUGCAAGUGGUCCUGGAGCUGGAUCGGGAAGUACAGGUGGCAGCCACGCAUCACCUGGUGGGGGAGCUGCCUCAGGAACACAGUAUGGCUCUGUUUAUUUGCCUGAUGAACCAGGAAGUGGUGGUGGCUACGGUGCCGGUGGUGGACAGGUUUAUAUUAAGACCGGAGGAUAUGUUAUAGUCGAGGGAACCAUUCGAGCCAAUGGUAAUGGUUUGUCGUCAACAUCCUCUGGAGGAGGAAGUGGUGGUGCUAUUGUUGUGAGGAGUUUAUUCCUUAAAGGCUAUGGAACUAUCGAGUGUCAUGGAGGUCCCAGUCACGAUGGAGCUGGUUCAGGGGGCCGUAUUGCUGUGUACCUCACAGAGCACUUCAUCUUUAGAGGGAGCUUGACUGCACUAGGAGGCGAUAGUGGCACCAAGAGAUAUGGAAGUCCAGGAACAGUUUACAUUGAUGUCAAUGUGGGCGAGGAACCGUAUCGCAUUGUACAAAUUGACAACAAAAACAGGGACAGUUUGCUACCAGUUACCCUAGCCGAGGCAAACACAUCACUCUAUGAGUUCGAGCGAAUCCACUUAGUAAGGAAAGGAGCGCUUGCUUUUAAGGCGGUUUCGGGAAAGCUGGUCAAAAUAUUUAUAGGGAAAGCUACUGGUGACAAGACAGGCAUUCUACUGGCAUUGCGGAACACCAGAAUAUACGUUGAGAGUCAUAGCGUUCGCACCGAGGCUCCUGUGAACUACCAAGCCGAUACAGGAGGUCAGAUUGUAUUUCCAAUACAAACCAUUCUUCUUGGUACCAGGGCUCCAGCAUUAACUGUCAACGGUGAGAUCCACGGCAUAGAGGAACUAAGGUUGUCGUCAAACGUCGGUAGCCUUGUUACAGAAAAAGGCUUCUCAGCUUGCCUAGAUUGUCACAGUAACUAUACAUCCGAUUACAUUGGCCAUUACUGGUUUAAAAAGCUGCAGGUGGAUUUGGGAGGAACCUUUGAAGUGCAAAGCUCAGUACAAACAAUCUCAUCUCAGGCAGUACGUCUUCACAUGGGAGAGAUAGCUCUAGACUAUACAGGAUCACUGAAGGCGGACGCUGCGAAGUUGCUCACAGAAUAUUUCAGUCUCGAGUUUGACGCAGCUACGGACGCCUCAAGCUCUGGUUGGUCAUCCCAACAGGGGCCUGGAAGUUCCACAACUUGUUCAGGUGUAGCGGGAGCUGGUCAUGGUGGCCGAGGGGGGACAGGAUAUAUCAGUGGAUGUACAUCGUGCACAGCAAAUGGUGGUAACACGUAUGAAAAUGUAUCCCAAGCCAUUCAAGCCGGUAGUGGAGGUGGAGUCAAUUUAACUGAUGGGGGAGGCGUCGUCUUUGUAAGUGUAGAAAAGCUCUUGGAGCUCGAUGGUUCGAUCAAGUCCGAUGGCGCUAAUGGAGACUAUGGUGGAGGAGGAGCAAGCGGUGGAACUCUUUGGGUCGCCGGAAGACAUUUUGAAGGGCAUGGGCAUCUCACUGUGAAGGGGGGUGCAGGAAGCCAUCGAUCUGAAUGUUGCAGUGGUAGUCCCUGCAAUAGCCAUAGAAACUACCAUGGUGGUGGGGGUGGUGGCGGACACCUUCGUCACUUUUCCCCCGAUUACAUCAGGCGCGACAUAAUACGAAACAGGGAUGUAUCUGGUGGGGCUUCGGGUGGUGGAAGUGCUGGUAACGGAGGAAGUGGACAGAUAAGUGCAGCUGGUAAUCAAUGUAGUGGUCAUGGAACAUUUUCCGUUCAGAAAGGCAGUUGCACGUGUGAUGCUGGUUCUUACGGCGUAAGUUGUCUGUACCAGUGUGACGCGUCAAUCACAUGUCUAGGACACGGACGUUGCUCGGCUUCUGGUGGGUGUGACUGUGACGCUGGUUAUGUGGGUUAUCGAUGCGAACAUAAGUGUGACGCCGCACGUGACUGUCACGGGAAUGGUCGUUGUAGCGUGACAGGGAAGUGCGUAUGUGACCCUUGCUAUAGUGGAGAUGACUGUAGGUACGAAUGCUCAGGCAAUGGGACCUGUAUUGGUGGCAAGUGCAAAUGUGAUCCGUGCUAUAUCGGAACUCACUGCCAUUCGCUCUGCUCGGGACAUGGCACAUGUAAUAAUGGCACUUGUUACUGCGGCAGUAAAUGGAAGGGUGAUUACUGCGAAGUCCCAAAAUGUCCUAACGACUGCUCUGGAAACGGCAUCUGCAACAGCGCUCUUCUCACAUGUUUUUGUAACCCAGGCUGGCGUGGAUUGGACUGCAGCGAGCUUGACUGCCCUGGUGAACCGGAUUGUCAUAAUCGAGGUACCUGCUCAUCGAUUAAUGGUACUGUAAUGUGUGUCAACUGCAGUGUUGGUUGGAUGGGCCCUGCCUGUAAUGAUCCUUGUAUCAACGGUGUACAAGAGCCAAUGGACAGUGGAUUUUGUAAGUGCAAUCCCUGCUGGGCUGGCAAGGGCUGUGAUGCUCUAUGUAUGGGCCGAGGUACGUGCUCCGAUAAUGGAAUUUGCAAGUGUGAUCCUCUCCAAGGCUGGCGAGGAGACGUUUGCCAAAUUCCUGGAUGUCCUGGUGUUGGUAAGGAUUGUACGGGUAAUGGUGACUGUAACAGCGCUACACACGAGUGCACAUGUUACCCGGGAUGGGCUGGUCUGGGAUGCGAUAUUCCUGAUUGUCCAGGGGCGCCAAACUGCAAUAACCGCGGCUACUGUAAUGCGUCUGUUACUCCCCCACAAUGUCAGAACUGCAGUCGAGGCUGGAUGGGAGCUGCAUGUGCUGAUCCUUGUACGUUUGGAGAGCAAACUCCAAUGGACAGUGGACAGUGUGUUUGUUGGCCUGGAUACACAGGUGUUGGGUGUGACAGCGAGUGCUCCGAACACGGUAAGAUUGUCAACAACAGUUGUGUGUGUGAUAUCGGGUGGCGAGGAGAUCUCUGUGAUAAUCCAGGCUGCCCUGGUAUUGGCUCAGACUGUACGGGCCACGGAAUAUGUAACUCCGCAACGCAUAUUUGCACUUGCAACGAAGGCUGGGCUGGUGAAGGCUGUGAAAUUCCAGACUGUCCAGGGACCCCUAAUUGCUUUGAACGAGGACUUUGCAACGCUUCUGUAAACCCACCCAAGUGCCAAAAUUGCUCCAAAGGCUGGAUGGGACCGGCUUGUAAUAACCCUUGUGUGCAUGGUCAACAAGUUCCAAUGGACAGUGGCAAUUGUGUGUGUGAGCCUGGGUGGGUAGGUGUGGGGUGUGAUAGUGAAUGCUCAGAGCAUGGAACCAUCGUUAAUAGCAAAUGCCAGUGUGACAUUGGGUGGCGUGGAACAUAUUGCGAAAAUCCUGGAUGUCCAGGUGAUGGAGAAGAUUGUUCCGGUCAUGGGGAAUGUAACAGCGCUCUCCAUACUUGUAUAUGUCAGAAUGGAUGGACUGGUGACGGAUGCCAUAUUCCAGACUGCCCUGGAAAUCCAAACUGUGCAGAUAGAGGCGUUUGCAACACUACCUACAAUCCUCCCAAGUGUACAAAUUGUAUUGCCGGCUGGAUGGGUCCUGCGUGUGAAGACCUUUGCACAAAUGGAACCCAGGUGCCAAUGGACAGUGGAAACUGUGUUUGUGAUCCGUGUUUCGCAGGUCGUGGAUGUAAUGUAGAGUGCAACGGAUACGGAACAUGCUUGGAAAACAAGUGUCGGUGUGAUGAACUUACUGGCUGGCGUGGAUCGCUUUGUGAAGUUCCCGGAUGUCCAGGAUCAAAUGGGAAGGACUGCAGUGGAAAUGGAAAAUGCGACAGUGCAAAUCAUAUCUGCAUAUGUGAUCCAGGGUGGACGGGUGUUGGCUGCCAUCUCCCUGACUGUCCUGGCGUUCCAAACUGUUUUGGUCGUGGACACUGCAACGCGACUAAUCGUAUGACUCCUGAAUGCACGGACUGCAUUCAAGGCUGGAUGGGUCCAGCUUGUAACGAUCCUUGUGUCCAUGGUUACCCCAAAGAUGGUAUCUGCGUAUGUGAUCCUUGCUUUACGGGGAGCGGAUGCCAAAGUGAGUGUUCCGGAUUUGGAGAAUGUAUCGACAACAAAUGUGAUUGUGGCCAAGAAGAAGGUAUUGCUCAUAUGGGAGAAUACUGUGAACUGCCAGGAUGCCCAGGCCAGUGCACCAGUCCCGAUAACGGCUUUUGUAGCAUGGACACUCAAAAAUGUAUUUGCGCUCAAGGUUGGGCUGGGGACGAUUGCAGCACGCCCGAUUGUCCAGGGGAACCCAUUUGUUCUGGCCAUGGAAGCUGCAGUAAUUCGAACCCACGACGGUGCAACUGCGAGCCGGAUUGGGCCGGUGUUAUGUGUGAACUUCCUUGUGUCAAUGGAACGAAUUAUGGUAACUCAUCAGGUUGCAUUUGCCACUCUUGUUUUUCUGGUUCGGGCUGUAAUGUUGAAUGCUCGUUGAAUGGAAAGUGCGUGAAUGACAAGUGUGUCUGCGAUAAAAUCUUGGGAUACAAAGGAGACGUCUGUGAAAUUGCAAGCUGUCCUGGGUGGCCAUUUGACUGUAGUAACCACGGAAGCUGUAACGGAGCGACGUUUGAAUGUACAUGUGUUCCAGGGUGGUCAGGUGCUGCAUGCGACAUUCCAGACUGCCCCGGUGAUCCGGACUGUAAUGGACGUGGUGCGUGUACCCCAUCCAUUGCGGAAAAUGAAACACCUAAGUGCAUCUGCCAGCAAGGAUGGAUGGGUGUUGCUUGUGAGAAACCCUGCAAAUUUGGCACACCAACAGCUGACCAUAUUUGCGACUGUGACGAUUGCCACAAUGGGCCUGCUUGUGACAUGCUUUGCUCAAACCACAGCUCAAAUUGUGUAAACAAAAAAUGUGACUGUGGCUUUGAUGGGUGGCGUGGAAAUUAUUGCGAGAAGAAAGGAUGUCCCGGUUACAAGAAAGACUGCUCGGGGCAUGGCCAAUGCUUAAGUGCGUCACAAACGUGCAUCUGCGAUCCAGGCUGGAGUGGUAUUGGUUGUGAACAAACGGAUUGUCCUGGCGAUCCAGACUGCAACAAUAGAGGCCAAUGUAUACCAGCUGAGACUCCCUACUGUGGUAAUUGUGCGCAGGGCUGGGCAGGCAUUGCUUGCGAGUUACCUUGUGUGAAUGGCACUCAAAACCAAGUAGAUCCUACGGUCUGUGAUUGUGAACCCUGCUUUAAUGGACUGAGCUGUGAUGUGUUUUGUUCUGCCAGAGGCAACGCUACGUGUACCGAGGGAAAAUGCUAUUGUGGUUUCGAAGGCUGGCGUGGAAAUUUCUGCGAAAAGAAGGGAUGUCCUGGUUUGUUUAACAUGGACUGCUCCGGACGUGGUACAUGUAACAGUGCGACGCAGACAUGUGAUUGUAAUCCAGGAUGGGCCGGGCGGGGAUGCCAUGAGCCAGCUUGUCCUGGAACCCCAAUGUGCAGCGAUCAUGGUACGUGUGAGAGCCUUGCAACCAUAUCAUUCUGUUCCUGUGACAAAGGUUGGAUGGGCAGGGCUUGUGAAACCAAAUGUGAACAUGGCACCCCACAGCAAACAGCUGAUGGAUCCUUCUUUUGCCAGUGUGAUGACUGCUUCAGUGGUAUAUCGUGCGACAUGGAGUGUUCUGGUCGUGGAAACUGUACAAAUAACACCUGUGACUGCGGAUUUGAAGGGUGGCGUGGUCCCACGUGUGACACAAAAGGCUGUCCAGGUUGGGGAUCAGACUGCUCCGGUCAUGGUUCAUGUAUUACUGCUUUAGGUAUAUGUUACUGUCGACCUGGUUGGUCUGGGAGAGGGUGUCACAUACCUCAGUGUGCAGGGGGUGGAAACUGCAGUGGGCAUGGCGUCUGUGAUGGGGUCAACCACGAUCCCCCAGUUUGUGUCUCUUGUGACUCAGGAUAUAUGGGAGAAGGCUGCGAGCAAAAAUGCAUAAAUGGAACAGUUAUAAAGUCUGGAGAGGGGGAUACUUGUAAAUGUGAUAGUUGCCACACUGGGGUCGACUGUGGUGUGGAGUGCAAUGGACAUGGAAAAUGUAACAACGGAAAAUGUGCUUGUGAUAGUGGCUGGAGAGGAUCUAAGUGUGAGACUAUUGGUUGUCCAGGACAAGGGGUCGAUUGCACUAAUCACGGUGUUUGUUUGCUGGUUACACAACAAUGUGACUGCUUUAACGGAUGGAAAGGAGAAGGCUGUGAUAUCCCAGAUUGCCUUGGUGUCCCCGACUGCAAUGCAUUAGGAACAUGUUAUGGAGGGGUUGAUCCGCCAAAAUGUGUGAACUGUACCAACAAUACGAUGGGCCCCUCGUGUGAAUUUCCUUGUAUACAUGGGAGGGAAAACCCACCAGACAGCGUUAUAUGCGAGUGUGAUCCGUGCUAUAUCGGUCUGGCCUGUGACACUGAGUGUUCUGGACGAGGAACUUGUAGAGAAGACGUGAAUCCGAAAAGAUGUGAGUGUGACUCAGGAUGGAAAGGCCCAACAUGUGAAACAUUAGACUGCCCUGGGGAACCAGACUGUAGCGGACGAGGAGCCUGUGUGCAGCAGGGUACUCCUCCUACAGCGGUAUGCCUUUGCAAUCAAGGAUUUGAUGGUGAUGACUGCAGUAAACUUGUCUGCCCUGGUCGACCCAUGUGCAGUAACAGAGGCACCUGCACAUUAGUAGGCGGCAUUCCAAUGUGUGUAUGUAAUCAUGGCUUUGAUGGAAGUUCGUGUGAGCGUUGUCUGCCUCAGUUUACUGGAUCAGAAUGCGAUAAAUGCAUCACAAAUUACAUCGGAUGGGCAGUUGGCUGCAACAUUUAUUGUGUCCAUGGUAACGGAACGGGACAAAACGAGGACAUUUGUACGUGCCAUAAUGAUGCAAAUCUUGGUUACUGGAAUGGAACAAGUUGUGAUCGCUGUGUGUUUGGCUGGGGGCUGCCAUCCUGUGCCGUGUGUGAUGAUGCACAUGUAGGAGAGAAUUGUAAUAUUGACUGUUUUUCUGCACAUGCUCAGUACCGCGACGAACUUGACGGAGACUGGGGUAAACAUCCUGUGGCACCAAUUUUGAACUGUUUGUACGAGAACGCCCAUAACGAAGUGUUUGCCUGGUUUGGAUACCACAACAAAAAUCCUCAUAACGUAUACCUGAAUGUUGGAGCGGACAACUUUCUUACUAGACCUUACCUGGAUAUCGUUCCUGGAGGAUUGAAGGGUUUUGUUCUGAAGACCGGUGGUGCAGACAAUGCUACUGACAAUCUUGUUCCUUUACCAACCCAAGAUUAUGGUCAACCUAAUAAGUUCGUUCCUGGCAGACACGACAAGGCUUUUAAAGUUAGAAUGGAAGACGCCUAUCCAAUUGCCUGGGUUUUAGCAUUCCCACUGUCAAACGAGAGAAAUGCAGCAGUAGCAAAUCAGUCUCUUCUCCAUACUAUGAAGUGUACCGAUAUUGAGGCACAGGAGAAUAAUGUUUCGAGUGAAAAUUACAUAUGUUCCUGUCUUGAUGGACACUGGGGCUUUGCGUGCCAGUUUGAUUGUCCCGGCGGACCUCAAGCGCCAUGUCAUAACAAUGGCUUUUGCAAUAAAACCACAGGAUCGUGUUCAUGUGAUCCUAACUGGCGCGGAGACGAAAACUGUACCACAUGUUCGCCAGGUUGGUACGGACUUGAUUGCUCGGUAGUCAACCAAAGUACAAAUAAUUACACUGCAGCAGCAUAUGGACAUGGUUACUUUAUAACGAUCGACGGCGCAGGUUACAAAUUCUUAGGAAACGGAGAAUAUCAUUUGCUGCUGUCUCAUUUAUGGGAAGUCCAGGUUCGAAUGGUGACAUGCUUUUCUUCGAGCUCUUGUGUUAAUGCGGUUGCUGUGAGGAUUGAACAGCACACGCUAUUGCUGCAUUCAAGGUUUGUUAAUCGAAAGGAGCCUGUUGUUUUUGCAAAUGGAAAGAGAGUGUAUUCUGUUGAUUUUGAAUUUGGCCCAGCAAGUCACCGCUUUACUUUUAAACGAACCUCCCGGUUACAAUUUGUACUCUCAUCCUCUUAUGGUGUCCGGCUCAUAAUUCGUUUAUAUGAUCGAUAUCUUGAUGUUCAUUUGCGUGUAGACAAUCAAACAUAUUGUAAAACAAGCCAGGGACUGUGGGGUAACUGUAACCUCAACUCACUCGAUGACCUGUACAGCAGAGAUGGCAAAAUAGUUACAGGACUGAAUGUCUCUCAGUCUUACGUCACUGAAUUGUAUGCAAAGUCUUGGAAAGUGACCGAAAGAGACAGUUUGUUCGUCUAUGACAUCAACAACUACCACGAGCAGAGAGAGCUCUAUGGUGGCGGGUACGCGUUAUAUUUCAACAACUCGGGUGCCCAUACCGAAGAAAUCUACAGCUUCUCGUUAUCUGACAUCACUAUUGAAUUUAUGGUUCGCGCUGAGAGUGAAAACGGAACUCUUCUCUCGUACACCAGCACAGACAUGUUUGCUGUAAUUCUGGAGUCCAGCAAGAUCAAGUUACGCUACGAUGAUAUCAUUUUAGAUACUUUGGCGGUAAUUCAAACGCACGAAUGGAAUCAUAUUGCUUUGGUCUGGUCAUUAACGACGCGAAUUCUUCAAUUCUACCACAGGGAUGAUACUGGACAACGUGUGAACAGUCGGAAUUUUCCAAUUACCAGUAAUGUGAACGUCUUUCAACCAGGAGGAAUUCUCGCCCUAGGUUACUGUAUACCACCACCAGGUGGACUAACAUUGUCUCUCACAGAAGGAUUCAUUGGCCAAAUCGACGAACUACGAAUUUGGAACCAAAAGCUCGAUCCCUUUUCCAUCUCGGCUAACUGGAGAGGAAACCUGGGUUGUACCAUGCGAGUUCCAAACCUUGCAAGUCUUUGGAAGUUUAAUGAAGGCGAUGGCGUUGUUGCGCAUGACUGUGUAUCGGGCGCACAUAUAUAUUUUAAAUCGGGUACCUGGAAAGGGCCCAUGUGGGUCUUCUCAAUGGUUGAAAUUCCUCAGUUUUCAGUAGACACUAGUACCGCAUACAGCUUCAGAUUCGGUAGUUCCUGGAUGAGUGCGGAACAGUUAUGUUACAACCUCAUUUUUGGGUCAAUGUUGAAGUCAGGUCACAUUCUUCUAACGACUUCGACAUUGUGGUUUUACCACAUGUCCUGUGUAACAUCAGUUACCAGGAGCAACGAUCAUGGACAUGCUUACUGGACCUUGAUGGCUUUGUCGGAUUUUAAUCAACUGAUCGUAGAACAAAGUUCGUGGUUUGCUCAGAGCCUUUGUAAUUCAGUAUCUGUUUUCAACUUCCCAGUUUGGUAUGGAAAGAACUGCCACUAUCAAUGUAAAUUUGGCCUUCCAGGUACCAAUGAGCACAAGUGCUUUUGCAUGAAAGGAUUUUUCGGUUUGAACUGCUCAAGCGAAUGCCCAGGUGGCAACAAUGUGCCCUGCAAUGGCCUAUCUUCAUGUGACAUUUCAAUCGGAACAUGUAACUGUCCAGUUUCAUCAAACACCACCUAUGAUUGUAGCGUCUGCAGUCCAGGGUGGAUUGGAUCGGAUUGUUCUGUAUCACUCGGAGAAAAUAGGAGCAGUUCAGAAAACUUUACUUGCCAAGGUUUUGGAGCAACUCAUUACACAACAUUUGAUGGCGUAGGUUACAAUUUUAGGACUUACGGGGAGUUUUACCUUAUGAAAACCAAUCAGUUUACCGCGCAGGUGCGGCAGAUACCUUGCAUGAAUGCUUCGUUUUGUAUUUCAUCGGUAGGAGUGAAAAUCGGCUCGACAGAGAUCGUCAUAAGAGCUUCAUACAAUGGCACUGGAAUGUCUUUGGUCUGGCUAAAUCGUAAACUUACGGAUGCGACAUCUGUAAUCCUGGAAAACAACUUCAGCUUUCAAAAGGCUUCCCCCAAAGUGUAUGAAAUUGCCAAACCUGGGAGGAUUUUACUGAGAGUAAAAGCAUGGCAGGACUAUCUUUCGUUUGAAUUAACGUCAGCUUCUCAAUGGUGUAUUGUUGGCUCUGGAAUUUGUUCCUCUUGUGACUCAAACGUUGUAAAUGACUUUACAAACAGUACAGGUACCAUGUACUGGGGAGGCAGUAUUUCAGAAAGUAUUAUAAUUAAUAUCUUACAUUCGCAGUGGCAAGUCUCUGCUAUCGACUCGUUGUUUAUAUUUGGAUACACGAGCUAUAAAGAGCGACGAGAAAUAACUUCUAAUGGCUACGCCCUGAGCUUUAAUGGUACAACUGCUUCAACAGGAAUUUUGAAUGCUUUUGUCAAAGACUUCACUAUUCAACUGUUUGUCAAAGUUCACUCAUCUGGAGGUACAAUCCUUUCUUACUCAAAUAAAUUUACAUUUGCCCUAGUGAACGAUGUCCGAGUCAAAAUCUUCCUAGGUGGAGCUUCGUACGACAUGGGAAUUACACUACCUUCUGGAACUUGGGUACUAGUGUCUAUCGCGUACAGAGCUUCAACAGGAGUUCUAACUUACUACCAGCUGAACGCUCAAGGCGACCUUUAUUUCAAACAGACAUACAUUGGCGUAGAAAUGUUUACAUCGGGUGGUACCCUAUGGCUUGGUCACUGGCACAUAACAAAAGAACAUAUAACUGGUGUUCCGCUGCAGCCUUUCUUUGGAGUCAUUGAUGAAGUUCGUAUCUGGUCUUUUUCACUGGAUACCUUGCUUAUCCGCCAGAGUUUUCGUCUUGUUAUUACAGCAAACCUACCGUCACUGAGUGCCCUUUGGUUGUUUGAUGAAGGUGUAGGUAGAGUAAUCGCAAAUUUUAUAUCCAGCUCCCCAAAUAUGUACCUUCCAGAAGUCAUCAGUCGUCGUCCAACGUGGCAGUUCUCCUACGUCCGUGAAGUGUUUCCAUCCAUGGUUGAUAGUGCAUCUGUGCAGUUUAGUGUUAGCUUUGGACUACUGGCCAAAAAACGAUGUUUGGAACUUAUUUAUCACCACCACCUACAAGCUCAAUGUGGAAAGCUUUUGUCUGCUGCUGUUACCCAGUUUUACUUUAAGGCCUGUCUUUUUGAUGUCCAGUCCUCCAGUUCCCUGGACACCGCUUAUAUCGCACUGAUAGCGUAUGCUGACUACUGCAUGACAGUUCUUCAUCUAUCCUCAUGGCCUGCUCAACGCCUAUGUAAACAAUUACCUCAAAGUCUUCCUCGAGGAUGGAUUGGUCCUGACUGUUCAGUGAAGUGUGUGUUUGGAAGCGCAGACAAAAAUAAUGCUAGUUUAUGUGUGUGCCAUCGUGGAUACUGGGGCGAGGACUGUGCUAACGAGUGCCUCGGAGGCGGAAAUAAACCCUGCAACGAUCAUGGCAACUGUAACGUCAGAACAGGGUCCUGUGAGUGUGAUUUGAACUGGGGGGGAAAUGGCGACUGCUCUAACUGUACGCCUGGUUGGACAGGAUCUGAUUGUGCAAUAGCUGUGGCAGUAACCCAGUUGCCGACGUGUUCCGCUUUUCUUGGAGGACAUUUUACCAACUUCGACGGUGCUCACUUUAACUUUUUUGGAGUAGGUGAAUUUUGGUUUGUGCGAAGCAUUCACUUCAAUGGCCAGUUAAGACAAAUUCCAUGCUAUAAUGGAGAAUCUCGUUGCAUAAAUGCGGUAGCGUUUUCGUUUCUAUCAGGAUGGAAGGUGGUAGUCCACGCACCAUACGAAGAAAGCAAGCAACCUGUUGUUUGGUUAAAUGGGAGAGAAGCAGUAUAUAGUUCAACAAGAAUUCAAAUUUCCAGCGACGUAUUCCUAGAGAAGACAUCUUCAACUACCUAUCUUCUAAGCAGUCUACUAAAGGGUUUUAAAUUUCAACUGCGUGUUGUAGGAAGAGGACUCGUAAUUGCUGGUCACGUGAACCAAUCCUUUUGUAACGGCACGAACGUGCUGUGUGGAAACUGCGACGGCAACAGGGAUAACGACUUCAAUGUGACGGCUGGGUCUUCUCUUGAAGAAAUUUGGAGAGUUUCUAUGGAGGAAAGCCUCUUUAUCUAUCACGAUACAGGUUAUAUGGAAGAACGAGCUGUAACAGGUGCUGAGUACGCUUUAAUGUUCAAUGGUGUCGGCGUCUGUAGCGAUCUCAUGCCUGAUGUCUUAAACGCUUCCUCCAUCACAAUGGAACUUCUCUUCAAAAUGUAUUCUGAACCAAAAGUGGGAGGUGUCCUCUUAACGUACAGCAAAGCGAUAUCACUUACACUGUUUAUCGAAGGGACCCUUAAAGUACGGAUAGGAAUAGAAAUUUGGGAUACCGGACUUUCUCCACAAGUUGACUCUUGGAACCAAGUUACUCUUGUCUACUAUAACACCACUGGAGCAGUUUACAUUUACCACAUAAACUCCAUAGGUGUUGUUCGUUUAGCUACACGAACUAUGACUGCAGGAAUAAUCAACAGAGGAAGCAUAAUUUCCAUUGGACAAUGGAUACCAUCUCUGGAAAUCAACACCAAAGAAAGCGAUAGUCUGCCAGGUUUUGUUGGAGUGAUUGAUGAAGUACGCUUCUGGAACCGUGAAUUCAGCCUGCAAGAUGUCACAACAAGCUGGAGGGUGAACGUCCUUUCCAAUGCACGGUACCUUGUAAUUUUGUGGAAGUUCAAUGAAGGUCAAAGUGGUGUCAUACACGACUUGAUAAGCAGAGUUCACUUGUACAUUCCAUCCAUUCGCGAGGCUCCACGAUGGGUUUUCAGUUACGCUGACAUCAAAGUUCUACCUGUUACCCCUGAGAUUACGUUCAGUACGAGCAAGGUAAGAGUUGAAGCAGAGUCUUGGUGCCACACGCACAUCCAAAACUCACCUCUGGGCAUCGCGUGUGGUGGUCUUGGUGGUGGAACAGUGGCCUUCUACGUCAGGGCAUGUUUACGAGUAAUUGCCUCGGGUAAACAGGUGUCUCUUGGAAUAAGUGUUGUGGUGGCUUUUGCAGACACCUGUGAGAUCCAAGCUAACCUUACCAUUUGGCCAGCAAGGCAGAUGUGUACAUAUGAAAUAUUCAGGAACUCAAGGCUCAUGAACUGGAUAGGAUUAGAUUGCAAUAUCCCUUGCCCCUAUGGUUACCAGCUCCUUGGACUGUAUGGAAGCUGUCAGUGUGAUUCAGGCUUCUGGGGACAGACCUGUAAUGGUGUAUGCCCCGGUGGACUUGUGAACGUUUGUAGUGGACAUGGAAAUUGUAUAGAUAGUAAUGGAAUAUGCAAGUGUAAACGGAGAUGGCAAGGAGCACUUGACUGCAGCCAAUGCACACCUGGUUUCUUUGGAAAAGACUGUUCGGUAGCCGUUGCACCACCUAUAACGGAGCUCCCAGUAACAUCAGUUUUCGGGACUGGCUAUAUUGUGACCUUAGAUGGUAUCAAGAUCAGUGUCAACGUUGCUGGUGAAUUCAGAGUGCUAGCUCUGUCUCGCUAUGGACUAAGCAUCCAGUUUCGACAGGUACGAAUCGGAAGUUAUGUACGAGUAAGGUGCGUGAUAGUGGUGGUACAACAGGAUGUGCUAGCUAUCCACAGCAGUGUCGGAGUUGCUGGCCAAGUUUUGGUGACGCUGAAUGGUCUACCCAUAAGUCAAAAUAGCUUAGUUUCAUUAGGAGUUUCAGGAUUUGAGUUUCGACGAACGUCGCUUAACACUUACGUGAUGGUUGGUCCAGAAGGCUUCAACUUUGUCAUUAAUUCCCUUGCCAUUCACUUUGAUGUAUCCAUAACCAUGAAUAAAGAUUUGUGCCAGGAAACCUGUGGUCUCCUUGGCAGGUGUCAUAUUUCAGGAUCACGUGUUCCGCCAUCAAACUGUACCGCUGGAGGAAUAUUGGAUACUCAAGAAGUGUCAAACAUAACUCAAGAACUCUUGAUUUCCUAUGUGAAUUCAUGGGCUGUUCCACAAAACGAAAGUUCCUUUGGUCCCAUACUGAACAUUUCUGGUGAACCUCAACUUAGUAGUGUUGCAGGGAGCUGUCUCUACUUCAACGGUACAUCAGUGAUCAGCGCACCACUGCUCAACACUUUUGUCGGAAAUUAUAUAACAAUCCAGUUCUUUGUCAAAGCCAAGAAUCCAGAUGUUUACACUGGGACCAUCAUCUCAUAUGCACUCAAUGAAACAUUUGCAAUAGCGGUAAACAAAACAAUACACAUUUACUUUGGCACCACCGUCAUUGACACUCAACUUGUACUUGAAAGAGAACUUUGGAAUCACAUAUCUUUCGUCUACAUGCGGAGUUCAGGUCAAGUGCAGUUCUAUCUCGUUAACUCCAUCGGCAUCAUACAAUCAAAAGUAUUCCUCGUUGGUGUAGGGAUAUUUGCGGAUGGUGGUACCCUAGCCCUGGCCCUUUGGCAGGUGACUAAAGUAUCGCUCUCUCUGCCUGGCUUUGUGGGCUGGAUAGACGAGCUGAGCUUUUGGAAUAAGCGAUUUGAUUCAGUCACCAUACUACAAACUUGGAAUUCUAACCUGCAAUCAGGAACACCGGGAAUUGCACUCUUAUGGAAGUUUAAUGAAGGAAGUGGAUUUAUUUGUCGGGCUACUGUAGGAUCUCUUAAUUUUGGCCUUCCUACCCCUCCCUGGAAGAGCCCACUUUGGUACCCUUCAGAUGCUAUUAAAGAAGCCAAUGUUUUCAUCACGUCUGAUCUCUCUGAAAAAGAACCAGACAAGUCGACGCAAGAUCUAUGUUCAGAUGUUUUUCUGAAAGGUCCGCUUCUGAAUGAGUGUGCUAAUGUGACUGGAGGGUCCAAAUUUUACUACGAAGCUUGCUUAUCCGAAGUGUCUACUUCAGGAACACCUGAAUCAGCUCUUAUGAUAGCAACUAACUUUGCAAAAGAAUGCCAGGCAGCCUUGAACUUGUCGAGUUUGCCAGGAAAAGGACUUUGUAAUGUCAUACCGGGUGGACGCUAUAAUGACUGGGUUGGGGUAAACUGUACCACAAAGUGCGAGGUUGGAUGGUUCACUGAUGGCGAUUGCAAAUGUGACAAUGGAUACUGGGGAAUAAAUUGUUCAAGAGAGUGCCCUGGAGGAGCAGCAAACCCCUGUUAUGGAAAUGGGAAGUGCGAUAUUAGGAGCGGUAAAUGUAACUGUCGCCCAAAUUGGGAUGAAAGUGAAAAUUGUUUUAAAUGCGCUCCUGGCUGGAUCGGAAAAUCAUGUUCAGUGGCAGUGUCAACAACAGAAUCAUCCGUGACUGGUCAGACGUCUAAAGUAUGUACAAUAUUAGAGAGAGGCUAUGUUACCGGAUUUGAUGGCUCACUCUUUACAUUCACAACAUUAGGAGAGUUCAUAAUGAUCAAUUCUUCCAUUCUUCAAGUGCAAGUUCGACAAGUACCAUGCGAGAAGAGCUCCGUCUGUUUAAACGCCAUUGGUGUGAGGUUCAAUGACUUAACAAUUAGCGUCCACGCGGCCUACGAGAGUGAUUCAUUUCCAGUGGUGUAUGUAAACGAAGAACUUACAAAAGUAGGCGGAGAGCCCUCUAAAGAUAUGCUCAAAAAUAAUAUUAGCAUUCAACCAAUUUACAGGUCUGCCUACAGGAUUGUUGUCUCACACUAUUUGUCUAUACAAACAGUAUUCUCAGAUCGUUACAUGAGUGUGGAGUCAACAGUGACGUCUAAUUUUUGUCAGCUUGUCGAUGGUUUAUGUGGCUCCUGUGCUAAACUACGUGUCGGUCAAAAUGCAACUCAGGGAAGUGGUGGUUCUGUCACUUCGAUAAAUAGACCAACGACUGUUUUGGAGGAGCUUGGUAAACCAAAUGCCACAAGUGAUAACGUUAAUGAAUUUAUAACAAAAGUGUUUCCAGUUCAAGAUCCCAUUAUAGUCAUCGAUGCAGAAAUGCACAAAGAAACGCGGGUUGUUUACGGAGGUUUGUACAGUCUGUACUACCGUUUUACUGCUGUGGUCACUCAAACAGUUGUCAAACUCUUUGUGAGUCAAACGUUGACCUUCCAGCUCUUAGUUAAAUCAUGCAAUCCCCAAAUAUGUGGAGGAACAGUAAUCUCCUACACAUCGAAUGUCACGUUUUACAUCAGCAACCAUGUAACAGUGAGGGUGGUUAUUGGAUUAGACGUCUUUGACACUGGUAUCGCAACCGAAGCAGAUGUGUGGAAUCAAAUUACCGUAGUAUUUGUCCGUGAGAAACUUCAACUCUUUGUGUUCGUCACAUUUUCAUCUGGACUUGUGCAAGUGCGAAAGUUUAGUUUUACUAUCGACCCUUUUAUAAGUGCAGGAACAUUUGCUAUAGGUAUGUGGCAACCGGCCUCAGGAUCAAUUAGCGUUCAGCCAACCAAUGUCUUCCUUGGUCAAAUAGAUGAGGUAAGCGUGUGGGAGAGACCCUUCGAUUAUGCAUUGGUUGAACAAAGCUGGCGAUCAAAUAUUCAACUGGGUGCCCCAUCGCUCACAAAUUUGUGGAAAUUCAACGAGGGCAAGAAUUCCAUUGUUAAAGACCUAGUGGCUGAUGUUGCUCUACUCUUCCCGAGGUAUCCAUUAGGUAAACCAGAAUGGGUUUUCUCAGAUGCUCCCAUCACAUCCGUUGUCACAGUGAACCCAAAUGAAGAUAAUGCCACUCUACAUACAAUCGCCAUCAAGGUUUGUUUCGAGUUCAUAUAUGAGGGACCAAUCCAUUCAGCUUGUAAUGCCUUAGGCAACGUCACUCUAGAAUUUUACCUCCGUGCUUGUGUUCAAGCAGUAGUGGACACCGGAUUGACUGUUGAAUCCAUUGAUGUCGUAAUAACAAUCGCAGAUUAUUGCCAAAAAAUAUUUGGUUUGCCUUAUUGGCCAGCUCAGUCUUUGUGUAACAAGUUUCCUGGAAAGCGUUUUCCCAACUGGAUGGGAAAGAACUGUACCAUCCCUUGCAUUUUUGGUCAAGCUGCUAACGAAAGUGAAGUCUGUGUAUGUGAUCCUGGAUUUUAUGGCACGAACUGCUCAGGCAUCUGCCCAGGAGGAAAAGGGAAUGCAUGUAACAAUCAUGGAAUCUGCGAUGUCGUGACUGGCAAGUGUUCUUGUGAGCUUAAUUGGCAAGGUAAUGAAAACUGUUCCACUUGUGCUCGAGGUUGGGCUGGAACAGACUGCUCAAUCGCAGUCACUCAGUGGCCAUCCGGCAGUGUCAUAAUAGGCAUUGGUGCAGUAUCGCUUGGCGGGCAAUUUACGUCACUCAGUGGUAUCAGCUACAGCUUGCAAGUGACCGGGGAGUACUAUCUUAUUUACUCCAUACAUCUCUCUGUAAAUGUGCAAAUUCGCCUAGUAUCUUGCACUCAACAAGAGUCGUGUAUCAAUUCUAUUGCACUGCAAAUUGCCUCUUAUAAAGUAGUUUUGCAUGGACCGUACAGCUCUGGGGGAAGCCUGAUCGUCUGGUUAAACGGAAAAGUCAUCGAUAUAGAUUUGCAUCCAAUCACUCUCGACGUCUACGGUUUUACUGUCAGCAAAAUCACAGCUCACCUGUGGGAAGUGAAAUAUGCUGGUUUGUACCUAAAAAUACGCGUGACUGGGCGCUUUCUAAGCGUUAGUGUUGAGGCAUCGGGUUUGGUUUGCAAGUCAUCCAUCGGACUACUAGGCUCCUGUAACCAGGGACUCGUACAAUCGCUUUUGUCGUAUUAUCCGACUAAAGAUUGUUCUGAAGAAGGCUUUAUGUUCAACGUAAGCGGGAACCAUUCAAAUGCGUUUAGGCAAGGAAGUGAUAUUCUAAGUGAAAAGAACGCUUCUGAUACCAAGGCAAAGACUCAAGAUAUCAUUAGCACUCUUAUAACUACUAAGCUAAAGGUGAAGAAAUGCCAUAGUUUGUUCGAGUACAAGUAUAAGGAGAUCGUAGAAUAUCGAGAGGCGAAUGCAGGAUAUGCUCUUUACUUCGACCACACUACUGUUGUGACAGAUGUAAUCUACAAGGCAUUUUCCUUCACAGACAUUACAGUUAAGAUCAUGUUUAAAACGGUGCGUUACGGGGUGAUAAUAUCCUAUACCAUGAGGAAGACAUUUUUCGUAACAAACACGGGUGGAAAGUUCACCAUCUUCUACGGAGAGAAUGUUUACCAUACAAACAUAGUUGCAGAGCGUAACAAAUGGAACCAGGUCAGUCUGGUGUUCAGAAAAUCCACUACAGUCUUGCAAUUUUACUACUUUUCUUCUGGAGGCCAGUUACAUCGCCUCGACAUAAACGUUGGAUUUGAUAUCUUUACACCAGGAGGAACAAUUGCUUUGGCUGGUUGGAUGCCAUCUCUCGACGGAUCUGGAAUUCAACCAACUGAUUUCUUUGCUGGAUUCAUAGAUGAAGUUCGCAUAUGGACACGCUAUUUCCAUCCUGCGUUCAUACUGCAAACUUGGAACAGAUCGGUAAGCGUAAAUGCCCAAGACCUCGCGCACGCAUGGAAAUUUAACGAAGGAGAAGGAAUUGCAGCUGUUGAUAAAGUAACUGGUAUGAAGCUAGUCCUUCCUUUUAAGCCUUGGAGAAAACCCGAAUGGAGAUAUUCUGAUGUAGAAUUACAGCUGCCCUUCUACGAUAGACCACUAGAUUUCAGUUUUACGAACAAAACUCUGCAAGUAGCCGCAGAACUUUUCUGCAAUAGAACACUACUAAUGGGCACAUUACAUUCGCAUUGUAAAUCCUUGGGACCUGGCGUUUCUACCUUCUACUUCAGGUCCUGCCUCCAAAGAAUCGCAACUUCUGAGUCCUUGUACAUGUCUAUGGAAGUGAUUAUAGCGUAUGCCGAUUAUUGUCAAGCAUUCAACAACUUAACAGUCUGGCCAGCGAAACAUCUUUGUAAUGAAUUUCCUGGAAGAGAAUUUCCCAUUUGGUUCGGAGAGCGAUGCGAAAGAAAGUGUAUCUUCGGUAAGAAGCUGGCCUCUGAGACAUGCGUAUGCUACCACGGCUACUGGGGACUGGAAUGCUCAAACACCUGCCCUGGCGGAGCUGCGAACCCAUGUAACAACAACGGAAUGUGUAAUGUCAUCACAGGAGAGUGUGAAUGUAAUGUUAAUUAUAAUGGAACGCAGGACUGUGGUAAAUGUUCUCCAGGGUGGCAUGGCUUUGAUUGUUCCUUGGCUCUUGUAUCACUCAACUUGAACCGUCAUAUCUCCAUCGGCAUGUCAUCGACUGGCGGCCAUUAUGUCUCGUUUGAUGGCUACAGCUUUACUCUUGUGUCCCUGGGUCAAUUUUAUCUGAUGAAUCUACCUGACCUGUCAUUCCAGAUUCAAGUUCGCCAUGUCCCCUGCAGACAACAGACGGUUUGUGUGAAUGCCAUUGGAAUACGGAUUACGACGACUGUUGUUUCUUUUCACGCUCCUUACACUACCGGUGGAGCUCCAGUAAUCUGGGUCAAUGGAAAGCUUCUACUUCUUUCAGGAUUGAUUUCCACACUAGGAUCACCACAUCUUGGCAUCCUACUGAAGUACAAUGGGCGCAACUACUAUCAAAUUAUUUGGAAAGACAAUUUUGCCAUGGCCAUUCGAAUUCAUGGUCGAUACUUGAGUUUUAAAGUCGACGUCACGUCUGCUUAUUGCUAUAACUCUACAGGCUUACUUGGAUCCUGCGAUAACGAGCCCGACAACGAUCUCAAAGUUAGCUCCAAUGGAAGUAUCAUACCAGCAAAUGUCACUCAGCCCGUCUUAAAUACAGAAAUUGGAAGUCAUGCCAUUGUGUAUGACAAAGACAGUUUGAUCGUUCUUAAAUAUGAGCAUUACCACGAAACACGACUACCAACUGGAGGUAUGUAUGCCCUUCUGUUUAAUAAGACAGGGGCCUCAUCGAAACCACUGAUAAAAACGUUCAACCUCAAUGUAGAUAUAACGCUUGAAAUUCUACUGAAGCCGUACCAAUUCAGUGGAACAAUCUUCUCUUAUGCAGUCUUACAAACGUUUGCAGUUUUGAUUGAAAGUUCACUUAGAAUUCACUUUGGAAAAGCGAUCAUUGAUACGGGCGUGAAUGUGACUAUCAACCAGUGGAGCCACGUAUCACUUGUUUGGUACCACAAGUCUCGAGUGCUAGAGUUUUAUCACUUCAACUUUAAGGGGAAAGUGCAACGACGAUCCUACGUGCUCCCGUCAAAUCCAUUUCUACCAGGCGGUAUUCUUUCCCUCGGACAAUGGGAGCUGUCUCCUGGAGACAGCGAAACUCAUACGGUCGCAUCUUUUGUUGGCACCAUUGACGAGAUCCGUGUAUGGAAGCGAGCCUUUAAUCCUGCAUUUAUACUUCAGAACUGGCGAAUGAAUGUUGUCCCCACUCAUCCUGACCUCACUGGGCUUUGGAAAAUGAACGAAGGUGAAAGUGACGUCAUAAUGAACCUUGUGACCGACGAACACAUCUAUCUACCGAGAUCACCAUGGCAACAGCCACACUGGGUAUUUUCUGAUGCUGACAUCAACACGAACUUAACAUCAUCCGAUAAACCGUUCGAAAUGCACUUUCUCAAUAAGACGUUAGAGAAGAUGGCAAAGGCCUUCUGUUUCGAGCUGUUCUACAAGAGUACACUUCAUGAUCAGUGCCACGGCCAGUUAAAAUCUGAGCUGGAAUUUCAUUACCUUGUUUGCUUGAUAGACAUUGCAACAACCGACGACAUCAGUGCAGCCCUGACAGUUAUAGUUACCUUCGCUGAUCACUGUCAAGCUGUCUUGAACUAUAGUACCUGGCCAGCUCAGCCACUUUGCAAUAAGUUCCCUGGAUCCCACUUCCCCCUAUGGAUUGGAGACAGGUGCGACAUAAAAUGCGUCUUUGGUGCUGCGGAUCCUGAUGAUCGUAACCUAUGCAUCUGUAUGGAAGGCUACUGGGGAAGCGAUUGUUCACAGAUAUGUCCAGGUGGACUGCUAAAUAUUUGUGGAGGACACGGUUGGUGUGAUAGUUCAACUGGACAAUGUCAGUGCCAAGUGAACUGGAGAGGAAACGAAAAUUGUAGUAGCUGUAGUCCAGGAUGGAAUGGAACUGAUUGUCAAUUUGCCGUGGAGCUUGUCACUAGUAUAACAUCACAAACCGUCUUAGUUGCAGCUAUUGGAGGAAAUGGCUACUUUACAACAUUUUGUGGCGUCAGUUUUACCUACAGAGUGGUAGGUGAGUUCUAUGUACUGCGGUCUGCUUCCCAAAAUCUCGUCAUCCAGCUUCGACAAGCACCAUGUCCAAUCGAUGGCAGUUACAUCCCGCUUUGCACAACUGGUUUCUCGUUUAGUCUGAAUAAUAAUGUCAUUGCCAUCCGCGCGCCAGUUGCUACGUUUUCAAGAACUGUUCCAAUCUUUCCUCUCAUUUGGUUGAAUGGAAAUUUGGUACAAGUUGACCACAGGACGCAACUAUCGGUGGACUUUGUCAUGUUGCGUAUCUCCACGGUUGCAUUUGAGAUCUACGGUCCAAACGGUGUGAAAUUUGGUAUAACUGUAGGACAUAGUCUUUCUGUAACUAUUCACCUGCCAGCCAUAUACUGUCGAAACUCCACAGGCCUUCUUGGCGCAUGUACAGGCGUCUCCUUUAACAACUCGAACAGUCUUGAAUCGUACAUCACCUCUCUGAAGCAUAAUUCAGUAGUUGACAAGUCACAAACAUUGUUUAUUUACAAGUACCUGCAUUACUCUGAAUACCGAAGUCCAUCUGGUGCAGGAUUUAAUCUAUUUUUCAAGGAUCACUCGGUGCGCUCAGGCCCCCUACAAUUACCUCCUGUUGAUGUGCUAACAAUUGAACUGCUUAUAAAAACCCACCAAACAGGAGGAAUCAUCUUCUCGUAUUUAAGCCAAAACAUCUUUGCUGUCAUCGACAAUACAACACUAGAAAUUAUCUACAAUGGCUCUGUUUUUGACACUGGGCUUAAACUGGAGAUCAAACAGUGGAAUCAACUCACAAUUGUCUUAAAACAACUCGUUGGGACUCUCUACUUCUACCACGUCAGCUCCUCUGGGGUAGUUAAAGUCCGCGUAUUUAAGUUGGAUGGAAACGUUUUCUCAAACGGCGGUGUCUUGGCACUGGGACAGUGGCAGCCAUCACCCAGCUCGGACAGCAUGCUUCCUCAGUCAAGUUUUGUUGGUGAGAUCGACGAGUUUCGUAUCUGGAAGCGACGGACGAACUCAGACCUCGUGAAAAGUAAUUGGAGAUUGAAUGUACAGGCUGGCAUUUACCCUGAUCUGCUUCACCUUUGGAAGUUCAACCAGGCUAACGGAAGGGUAAUUCCUGACAUACUUGGAAAAAAUGAUCUCUUCCUGACAAAGUUUCAUGAGCCACAGUGGACGUUCUCAGAUGCUGAUAUUCCUCGCUUGAACCCGGAAGAAACAACUUUUGUCAACUUAAGCUUGCAGCGAGAUGCAGAAUCCUUCUGUUUUAGCCUCAUUCUCAGUGGACCGCUGUAUGCUAAUUGCGAAGAUCUCAGUAUUCAAGUAGCACAGUUCUACUACAAAGUGUGCCUGCACGACAUUUCGCUGUCGUCAAAGUUACGUUCGGCCGUUUAUGCCGUGGUCACAUUCGCCGACUACUGCCAGAACACUCUCAACCUAAGCGAGUGGCCAGGAAAAGAACUUUGUCAUCACUUUGUCGACCAAAGAUUUCCCUACUGGAUUGGCUCACGCUGUAAUACGCGAUGCGUAUUUGGGUAUCCAAGGCCAGAUAUAAACUCAACGGAUGGCGUUUCUUGCAAGUGCGAACAAAACUACUGGGGAGUGGACUGUGCAAAUCUAUGUCCAGGUGGGCUAAGGGAAACUUGUAACGGACACGGUGUUUGUAGUGUAACUAAUGGUACCUGCGAGUGCGAACCACACUGGAAAGGGAAUAUAUCGGCUGAAUAUAACGCUCCAAUCGAUGAAAACAAUUCCGUCUCGCCAAUACCAUGUAGCAGGUGCACACCCGGUUGGACAGGAGCUGACUGUGCGAUUGCAGAGGACUCCUCCAUACUGGACAAUUCCUCUAUCCCUAGAAUAGCUAUAAACUUUGGUGAUCCUCAUUUUACGAGUGUGACAGGGGUAAACUUUCACUUCGAAGCUCCCGGUGCGUACCAUCUUUUCAACUCAUCAAUUGUAGAUGCACAGGUGCUGAUAGUUCCAUGUAACAACAGAGUGUCCUGUCGACGAAUCAGUGAGGUUUCCCUCCGCACCUCGAAAACAGAGCUGUCGGUUCGUUACAACGAUUUUGAGACAGUGGUAAGCAGUUUAUUUGAUAAAACAAGCAACACCUCCAAGGAGCUUUCCAAGUCUGAUGAAUGGGUCGAGGAUGCAGAUAUCCGAUACCGUUGGCUAACAGUUAACAUCCUGGAAGUUCGCAUCCAAGAUGAAAUUCAGUUUAACAUUCUAUCUUAUUACGGUACCAUUGGAACGGCUAUUGAAGUUUUAAAACAGAGAGAUCAGACAGAUGGCAUCUGUGGCGAGAAGGAGAGCAGUUGGAUACGACAACAAGGGAACCAAAGCCUUACAUCGGAAAACCAAAUAGCUGAUACUUCUAACAAUGACACAACAGAUCAGCAAGGCCUUACUCAAGCAACGAUCCAAAAAAGACUCAUUACACGGUUCAGAAUCAUGGAGAAGGACAAUUCCUUGACGACAAAAUAUGCCUCGCGCAGUUAUUCUGGGGCUGGCUACAUGUUGGAGUUCUCGUCUGGUAACACUGCUGUUAUGUACGCAAGCAACACAAGUUUGCCAGUUCUCGAUGAGUUUACUAUUGAAAUUUGGGUCUGUUUGACGAAUGCAGGCGAAAGCGUUGCUCGAUUCUGUUCCUCAGAUCAGAGAAACAACACUGAACCCGUCACUGGCAGUCACGCUGUUUUCUCUGUUGUCACCGCUAUUGGGGACUUUGCAAUAGUUUGCAACGACGGACUGCAAGUGAAAUGGGACAAGGAGAAAUUUAUAACGGAUAUUAAUCUUUACGAAGGAGUUUGGACUCAUUUAGCUGUAACGUGGAGGACGAUCGAUGGUCGAAUGCAAGCGUUCGUCUAUUCCAACGGAAAGCAUCGUCAAUCAACAACAUAUGGGAUAAAAAAUGGAAAGCAAUUCUCUUUCAAUGGUCUGUUUAUUCUAGGACGUUACAUGCGAGGCUAUAUGGUAGACAGUGAAUACGACAUGCUUGGAGCGUUGGACGAGUUAAAGGUGUGGCAAUAUGCAAAGACGAUGGAACAAAUCAGGGCGUCCAUGAGCGUCAAGUUCGAGGACUACCGCGAAGGACUGGUGUUAAACGUACCUUUUGACGAAGGAAUGGGGCGAACGACGGUGGGGCACCUUUAUAGUCCGAUUUCUGUUGAAGUAGCGCUCUCUCUUUUCGAGGCCCAAGUCGUAAAUGUGACCAAUAUUCAUCUGUUUAUUCAUUCUGGAGACUACCCCGGAUGGGCUCCGUCAGGGGUGCACUUGAGUCCCUUAGCGAACUACAGUCUAGCGUUCCUUAACAAAACUCUGGAAGGAAAGGCCUUAGAGAAGUGUUACGAGUCGUUUUAUGAAGGAAAGCUACAGGAACAUUGCAGUCCGAAACUGGUAUCACAAGCCCUGUUUUACUAUGAGUCUUGCCUCGCGGACAUUGCCGAUUCAGGCAGUCUUGCACACAGCAAGCUUUCUGUAAGUCUCUUCGGCUUUUACUGCCAAAAAGUCCUUGGAAUUAAAGAGUGCUUGUUGCACGGAACCUACGACGCUUUCCUACGCUGUCCAGGCGACGACGAAAAACAAACCAAAUUCACUCCACUAGAGAUAAUUGUUACGACUGUAUCUUCACUACUCUUCCUUUUAUUUCUGCUUAUCAUACUUAUCCUGGUGUGUCGACGAAGAAAGCGCAGAAAGUCCGAAGUGGAGCAGAUUUACCUCCAUGAAGCUGGAGGUGAAAGAUCGCAUAAGUACGUCGCUGAAGAUGAGGGUGACCACCCUCAAGCAUAUUCCAUGAGGCAGAUGUUGGACGAGUACGACUUUGAACCGGACAUGGAUGAUAGCCCACAUGAUACACCAAGCGUUGUGCGAAAACCGCUGGUUCGAAAUCCUGCUGGCGGUGUGCUGCCUGAAGGAGAGGAGGAGAGUGCUGUGUGAUUUGAUAGGAAUUAGUGACUCUAAAAUAAUUAGCGUAGAUUUAAAUUUAGAUUUUUUACUUUGGUAAAAAUUUUUUAUAAAUACAUAAGUUAUUUCAAUGAAUAUUGAUACUUUUAAUAAAGUCAUCCACGUGAUUGAUCGGAAACUUGAAUAACACAUGAUUUUUUGCACCAACCAAUGAGAAAUACGCAAUUAGAUUUCUUUUAGAAAGUUUUGAUUUUCAUCGCUUUUUAACCUUUUUAAUGAUUGUUUACUACCGAUUCAUGACUCGUUUCUAGUUGUUAGAUUUUCUUCCUACAAAUCAGUCGAUCUUUCAUUUCAGUCAUUGAAAACAUCACGUACAGUAAUCAGCAGGGAAAAAAUGAGAUCCAAGAAGACAUGCAGACGAAUACUAAAACAUUCGUCGAUGCAUUUCGUAGGCGACAUAGUAUUCAGAUAGAUCAUACGCUGAUUGUUAAAACGUAAUUUUUUUUUAGGAAUGAGAGUAUCAUACUCAGCUAAAUUCAUGCGUAAUGUUGUUAGUCUUUUAGUGUGUGCGAUGAUUGUUGCAUAAUUGUUGUUUUCGGAGUGUAAACAGUUUCUUAUUGUUUUGCUUUUUCAUGAAUGUGUGAAUUUAAUAUCACUGUGUCCAUGAAUCUCACCUUGAGUGUUAUACUUAGCAUAACUGCAAUACUAAAAGAGUGUACUUGUUUUGAGUGAUAAAAUGCAAUUUCGUUUUGAAUGAAUGAACUUUACAAUCAUUUAAACGCCCUCAGCAAAGUUUUGAGGGUAUUUCCUAUUUACAGUGUGAGUUUAAUACCACUUUAAGUUUUGUUUCCUCAAUGUAAAAAGAGGACUUAGCACGAAUCUGGAUGUAACCUUUAGUGCCAAAUAUUUACCAUAGAAAACAAAAUAACAUCGAGUGCUUUAAGAGUGUUUUGAUUGCAUUUCCCUUGCUUCAUUUUCGUUAUUCCAAGCUCUGCAGAAUGUAUUCUGUGUGGUAGAUUUUAGAUUAAGCAAUAAAUAGAAGAUUAUACGAA